CGCACCGCGUUCGCCAGCACGUGUGUACACAACAAUAAUAACGUUGCACAGUACGACGCGCGCUGCGGUUCACCAGCAACCCACCGUUUCUCGCAGCUCAGACGUUCGGCGGCCGACGACGACGACGACGACGCGGUGACGAUAACGACGACGACGACGCGGUGACGAUAACGACACUCUUGACGACCGGCCGGCGUGCGGUUACUCGCGGCGUUAUCGCAGUAGCAGCGGUGAGCAUAAUUUUAUAAUUUUUUUUUUUUUUUUCUCUCAUUAUCAUUAUUACAUUACGUCAUACGCGCCGUUAUCCCGGGAUCGCCGGCGAAUGUUUUCCGAUUCCGCGCGAUCCGUCCACGGAGACAUGAACGUUUCUCGACCGUUUCUCAACCAUUUCAAUAAUAUCGCGGGGCAAUCGAGGGGGAUGCGCAAAAACACAACGGAGCCGAACCGACACGUUCCGACAACGGUCGUUACGUUGUACGGACGCCGUAUCCGCCCGUAAAUAAUAUGCGAUACGCGCGAGACCAAACGGUUUCCGUUGUACCGCAAAACCACGGGAUGUUAUCGUAUUUACAGUACGUAAAUUAACGGAAAAAAAAAACGAAAUAAAAUAAAAACGCUUGCGCCGCAGAGUGCGUAAUAUCGCGCCCCGGAAACCACCGGCGACGCGAAUCGGCCCGCGGUUGCAAGCGUUUGGAAAUUUCGGACCCCCGACGGUUUCGCAGCCGUUCCUGAAACGUUCUGUCGUUUUUCCCGUGCGGCGAAACGACUGUCACUGCGGGACGGUACGAGACGGUCCGGACGGCCACGGACGCGUCGACAUUCGCACAGACCGGAAUGCGCGUGCCGUUUAUUUCGGGGCAGACACGGCAAGACCGUCCGAGUACGCCGCGCCGCGUCUUCAAUUUUACACGGCCGAAACGAAUGUUAAAUGUUAUUGCGCUGUACGGACCGUGUGGCGAACGACGGGAUUCCGCGCGUUUUCUAGACGGAAACGACGCGAAGACCGUAUCUUUCGAGUCACGUCAGUAACCGUUCGGGGGUUCGGGGGAUUUUUUUUUUUUUUACUCAGUCAUACGAUAACGGAUAAAUAAUUUUCAAUAGCGCGUAUUAAUUAUGUUCACGAUCGAUAUUACCAUUCGUAAUAAUUUACCGUCCGCGCGAUCAAUCGAACCCCAUUUAAUUCAAUUAACAAUUCCUAUUAGAAUCCCGCUCGCGUCGAUAUUAAUUAUCGUACGCCCUCCGAACGCGCUGUUAAUUGCCGCGACGUUUUACGGGCCCCGAACGAGGGUCCGAGGCGCGAUUGUUUUUAGUGGACGGACACAGAGAUGGAAACAGAAACGAGAAAAAAAAAAAAAACAAAACAAACGACGUCCCGUUUUGCUUACCGAGUGCCUAUGUGGUGUGCGCAGACAGGCGUAUGAAAACCGGGGACCGGUUCCGGCUGGGGUUCGGGGUUUUUCGAAAUAUUUUUUCGGGGGUUCGGGGGUUAAGUUUCGGUUUUUCAGCGAGUUUCAAACUUAGGUUUCGGUUAAAACGGGUUUUAACCGGUAUCCGAUCUUUUAUUUCGGCAUAAUUUUUUUUUUCAAACGAAAAAAUGUUGAAACACGUAUACGGUGUGUGAAUGGACGGCGCCCCGGCCGUGUAGCGAGAGUAGGUUAACUCGGACAUUCGCCCCGUGCUUGCGUUAUGAAAACCAGCCAAAUAGUGAAAUUGAAAAAAACAUGUAUCGUUAAGCGUUCGUCUUUAGAUAAUAUCCGUUUUUCUAUGUUUUACUUUUUAAUAAAAUUGCGUUAACGAUAAUUAAGCUAUUUAACUAUUAUUUACUUGUCGUAAUAAAACAGUACUUCGGUUUUAAAUUUCUAUUUAAAACAACGGUGUUAUAGAAUGAAAUAUACCUAAUAAUAUAAAAACGAUUGAUUCCGGCUAUCAUGCAAUUAAUUAAAUACCGCGCGGGGGUAGUGCAAUAUUACAAUGAAAACGCACGGGCGCGUAUUAAAAAAUCGCUACUUCGACCGGGUUAAAAUGAAAAACAAAAAGAACAGAAGAACAAAAGUGAUUUUUCCCUUCGUCAUUUCGUUCGGGUACCUACCGUGAAAGCUUAUAAAUUACGAUACGCGUGGUGCACGGCGCGCGCACCGCGUAUCUUUGUAGGUCCAUGUUCGACAACCCAGUGUCAUUUUUUUUUUUUUUUAAAAUAACUUUUACAUUCCUUCAUAGACAUUAUCCGUUAUCGGUGUUAUCGUGUAUCGUAUACAUUGAUACAACAUAAUAUUGCAUCACGGGUCGAUUGACCGUCUGAGUCAGCCGUCACGAGCGCUGACAUACGGCCGACGUUGCCAGAAAUAACGUUACAUAGAUACUAUUAAUAAAAAAUAAUAACUCGUAUUUCUAAAAAAAAAAUAAAAAAAAUAUGUAUUUGGUUUAAAUAGUGAUUAGUUUCUACCUCGCUACAUUGAAACCGGAAAAAAAAAAAUCUAAAAAACCGGGAUUUUUUGGAUUUCGUACAGGGGUUUCGGUUUUGGUUAGGGUCUUUUACAAACGUAAAAUGCAGGUUACUGCAAUUUUCGGUUCUUUAAUUUACACAAGGUUUUGGGUUCCGUAUCCGGUUACUUUCGGUCCGGUCUCAGUCCCCGAUGAAAACGGGCACUGUCCUUUUUUUGCUUUCUCCGAUUUGAGCAAAUUUUGCGCAUUUCCCCCCCCCCACCCUCUCUAUUUGGUUAUUUUGUCACGGGCAUUAGAAAUUCUGGUUACGCCACUGAUUUCAGCUGAACUGUAUUUCGGCCGACCGAUAUUUAAUCCGAUCCGUAUUUCAGCCCCGAACCGAAUACUUUAGGGCAGUGGUGAUCAGUUGAUCUUAAGUAGUUACUUGACCGCUUGCCGAAUUCGACCCUCGAUCAUUUAAUAUAAUCGUACCAUCAAAGUAUUAAAUCAAAAUUGAAAAAAAGAAAAUAACUUCAAAUUUCACAAACUAACAUUCGCAUUAAAAAAAAAAAAAAAUAUAUAUAUAUAUAUAUAUUUAUACUUAAAAUUUUUGUUUCACAUUUAUUGCAAUCAAUGCAUAAUAAAUAAUUAAUUAAAUAUAUCACUGUAUCCCUAUAUUGAGAUGUGCUUACAGAAAAUUACAUUAUUCUCUGAAUUUAAAAGUAAAAAUUAAAAUUUUUGACCGCCGGGAAUUAUUAUUUAUUUUUAUGACCUUUUGUAAAAAAAAAGAUUGGUCACCACUGCUUUAUGGGACACUAUUUGAACAUAUGAUUUUACGUUGUGACUAUACUAUGGUAACAGUUUAUACGAGCGCGAAAUAAAACGGUCUGAAACACUAUCGGCUGAAAUACGGUUAGGUCGAAACAUAUUCGGUUUUUUUUUUCACGCACAAUAGAUACUGACGAGACAUUUUUAUCCCGAAUACAAUAAAAAAAAAAAAUACCGUAACGACGAGGGACGAACACCACAGAAAUCCGGAUAUUUUAUGUCCGACGGUUGGACCGUUGCUACGGCGGAUCGGUCACUUUUGUAGCUGAGAAGUUGGGAAGGUAGAUUAAUAAGACGGGAAUUUAAUUUAUAAUACACGCAUGUAAAUUUUCAUCGUUUUUCCAAAGUUUUCUUUCGCUGUUUUCCCCAUUUAUUGAGAAAACUCACGGGAAAAUCAAAAAGAAAAAAUAUUAUUUUAAACGUUUUCCGGUCUCGUAUUAAAUUUUCACCGCCUUCCUCCCCUGUACCUACGUACGUUUUUGGCAUUUUUUUUUCGUUUUACGAAUAAUUUCUAUAGUAUGAUUAUAAAUUGCUACACGCGCGUUUAUUACAGACGAGUAUAUUUUAAUAUUAUAAUAAUAAUCUUCAGUUAUAUACGUCUAUAUCGGUUUAUUAUCGUCGAGUGUACGCGUAUUGUAUCAGCCGCAUGUUAUUAUUAUUAUUAUUAUUGUUAUAUUGUAUACACACGGAAAAGAUAACCGCCGUGUUGGUUUAUCUUAUAUUAUUACACCCGCAAUACACUGUACCGGCUAAUUUUACGCAGUGCUCAUCGUGAUAAAAUAUUAAUUUAUAACGCAGGCAGUAUCAGGGCCUAAAACAAAUAGAAUUUGGUUAACUGCACUACUUUAUAAACGCCCGCCGCUUUCAAAAUAAUUUUAAGCAAAACAAAAGAAAACCCAUCACCUAACCUAACCUGUCCGCCUCCGCCUUCGCACGAUAACCGGAAAAACCGAUUUAUUUACCGUCCCCCUAAAAAUAAAAUCGUCACUGGAAAUUGUCGCCCCCUGCCCCAUCUGUCUAGAGCUCACGGUCCAGAAAUGUAAUAUAACUUUAAAAACAAACACAAAAACAUUUUUAUUUGAAAAAUUCCCGAAUAAAAUAUCGACAUGAAAUAAUGUUCAAAAAUUUAUUUUUUCAAGUCCGAUUAAAUUUAUACAGAAUAAAUCGUAUUUUUCUAGGACUGCAACGAAAACCCCUUGAUACCACUUUUGGUUUUGCAUUUCCGAAUGGUUUUUUUUUUUUUUUUUACCGUUCAACCGAUUAAAGAUUUCCGAUCGAGGAUCAAACUCAUUUAACGUUUACGCGUUUAUUUUCACAUGUACUCACAGAAUCUGUUGUUACUGUAGAGAAUAGAGCGAAGACCUUGUUGCACGCGAUCCUAUAGAGAAGUGCGGAAAAUUAUACGAAUUUAUUAGUUAAGCACAACUCUAAAAUAAUCGACACAAUUUUUUGUACUUUCGUAUUGGCACGCUAUUUUAGACCUUGGACAAGCAUAUGUUGUUAACAAUAUAGUUAAUUCGCGAUUAUUGCGUCGUUUGUCAAACGAAAACGGUUUAAAGGUCAGUGAAAAAAAAAAAAAAAAGGAACGAACUAUUAUCCGUUUUCCGCGGACCACGCACGACAUUAUCGCGAGAGCUGUGAAAUGCGAGCGGGGUCCGGUCAAACGUAUUUUCGAAAAUGCCGCAACGUUUGCGAUUUCCGUCAGCGAUAACGUAUCGAAAAACGAUUUUCUACGUCGAGUGCAUCAAUUACACGGAAUUCGGGCCGAGAAUUUUCCGAUAUUAAAGCGAUUCGAGAACGGAGAAAUUAAAAAAAAAAAAAAACUACCGUAAUCGUAAUCGUUCAAAACGCCGUGUAGUAAUUUAUCGGGUCGGCUCGGAUCGAAAACGGCUCGCGGACAUUAAUCGCGCAUAAGAUCUCCCGAACAGUAUACAUUUUAAAGACGGUCAUCAUAAUCUUAAUGUCAUUAAGUUCAUUAGGUAUAAUUAUGCAUCGGUAUUAAUAACUCGGGUAAUUAGUGAUAUAAUAACAAUUAAUAAAAAACCGUUACCUAGGUGUUCAGUGAAAAAUUCUAUGAAUUUUACAAAGUUUUUAUUGUCAUUAGUAUUAUAGUUUAUAAUUUAUGUUAAAGUGUCGGUAUUACGCACGAUCGAUCAUUUGAAUAUUCGCGAUUUUUACAUUCGUAAAACCCCCGAGCAGUCACGUAGCUAGACCAAAUCAUCAGGGGAGGGCAAACCAAAUUAUAAGGGGGGACAUUAGAAAAAAAAAACCAACAUUAAAUACAUAUUAAACACAUCAAAUACUUGUUGGGAGUGGAGGGGCAACGAUUAGGUCCAAAGGGGUCUGUCCCCAAGGAGACCGUUUCCGUUUCGCUUUGGAAUUUGUCGUCCGAAAACCGAUGGCAUGUCCUCGCGUCAUGCUGCGCGGUAUCCAUCGUUCGGAUUUCAGAGAAGACCCUUCGUCCGAAUCUUCGGGCAAACGUUUCGACGAAACAAGUACCGCCGGUCGGAAAAUCAGUCGAGAUGACGGGCACGUGAACACGUUUAUUUAUGAUAGUUUUUCCUCAACCCCCACCCCCUCCCCCCGUUCGUUCUUCAACAAACUUGUGGCUCGAUUCGCAUCGUAAAUCUGCGCCUUUUACGCAAUUUAAAAAUCGACUUCCCUCCCCCACCCUUGUCGUCGAGCCCCGGAUACUCGGACACUCAACUCUCCAAUCGUAAAAUAAUACUAAUUACUUUGACGUGUAUUAGUCCGUCGUUGACGGCCAACAAAUUGUGGACGUCGUUUUUGUCUUCUUUCGGUUGGACGGCCAGCCCGUCAACGCCGAAUAUCUCGUUCGGUCUUCUCCACACUUUGACGCGUUCCGCUAUUCCCGGCGGCAGACGUUCGUGUCCGCAGGGAUGUCUGAACACCGUUUGCUAAGUACCGAACAGUUAGGAAUGCAUCGUAAUAUUAUUAUUAUUAUCGCUAGAGGAUAUUCGGUUCUUUCACCCUUCUCCGACAAUGUUAAAUUCGGAGUCGGGAAACGGUCAAUCUUAUAAAAUGAAUCCGUUGCCGUUUCUCGUCCUACUGUAAAACAGGAACUAGUUUUUUUUUUUCAUAUGUUUUAUUUGAAAAUAAUAAUAAACUACCUAGUUAAUUUGUUUUGUAAAUAUUAAACACAUAAUAUUGCUAGUGUCAUAUCCGGGAUUUUUUAUCGGCUGAGGGGAGAGGGGGAGGCUUCAGUUUUUGACUGCUGAAAAAAUCAAAUGCACACUGCCGACCCCGUUCGCUCCUCGGUAAACACCUUAGCUUAAACUCUUUUCAUCAUAAAUCUGCGCAUUAUAUACGCAUUAUGUGUACAAUUCGAAACUUUGUUAAAAACGUCACUGCGACAAUAGCUAUAUGAAUGAGUAGUGGUGGCCCAGGACUUUGAGAGGAAGAAAGACCCCUUUCGAAUUCGAUACGUCCCCGCUCCCUUUCUACGGCGCCGCAGUACUUUAAAUAAUUCCAACGGACUAUUCAGUAUUAUAAUCGCGAUCGUAGAUAAUGUACACGUUAUUCACGGUCGUACGAUGUGCGGAAAAUUGAAGACGGAGAGUGAGAAAAAGAAACGAUGAUUCGCGGUCCUCGUAACGAACAGUUGCCCGGUUUCCCGGUCCUUUAUUUGAAAAAGUGACGCGUUCCGUCCCGACACCGAUAUCAACACAUGGUCGCAUAAUAAUAUACAAAGUGUACGUACAUCGUUGAAUUGAUCCCAUUUUUCGGCGUUAAUGAAAUCGUUCGACCACUCGCUCCACGGCGGUACGAACAUGGAAUCGUCGUAGUUCAUAAUUGUUAGGAAAUAAUUUGCAUUUUAAUAGGAUGGGUUUUUUUUUUAUUAUUAUUAUUAUUAUUAUUAUUAUUUGUUUUUAAUUAAAUACUGAAUUCAAUACGAUACGUUCUGUUAAACACACAAACAACACGCGGAGCAAAAAAAAAAAAAAAAAAAAAAAAUCCGAAACGUUUAUUAUUUUCUAAUGGCAACCGAUACUAUCGUAUUUACGUUACAAUAUAUAAAAUAUAUUGUUCGCAUUUUAAAUUCCGAGUGGCACGAGGAAUGUAUUGAUUUCACAACGAUGGUUAUUUUUUUUUUUUUAUGUGAACACUUUUUAUACUAGAGAGCAUGCUCCGAUUAUCGAGUUUAGCACCGUUUCUGAAAGGAAAUUUUCUCUGGGUGGUACUCUAGAACGGUCAUUUUUGAAACUCUCAUUAAUAUUCGAAAUAACGAGCAAAACCUUGGUGUUUAGGUAAAACGAGAUUGAAAGAUUAAAAAUAAGGUUGUCAGCGGCAACCGUUUUUAUUUAUUUUUCGUUAUAAUUAAGGUUUUAUUAUUUUAAUCAUUUUUUAAACAAUCAUUUUUGUCAUAGAAACGCACAUUGUUUUAAUCAUUAGUUUAUUAUAAUGUUACAUAAUACCAUACAUUGUAUUGUUGACAAUACAUGUUCAUAAAACGAAACCCCGCGCGCACGUUUUUCGGACGGAAUCUAUACCAUAAUAUUAUAUCGCAACGUUAAACAGGUAAUAUAUUGUGAAAUAUUAACGUUGGCUGACGCACAGAGGGCGCCGACCGAAUAUUAAAGAUUUUGAGUGGAGCAAAGAGGCUUGUGGUUUUACAAAAAUGUUUAUAUUUUAAUUUUUAUUUCUUUUCUGUGGACAACUUUUCUACCAGCAAUUUUGCUCCAACUUAAAACGGUCGGAAUUUUUCUAAAAGGGAAUUUCACUGGGAAAGUAUUUUACGAGCGUUAUUUUUUGAUUUUACCAAGAGUUUUCCCAGCAAAUGUGAAAGACCGGGAUAAAAUGUAGGAAGACUGGGCAUAUCGGUACAACAUUUAAACAAAUAUUAUUAAAGAAAAUACAUUAAGCGUAUUUGAUUAUUUUACUAUAAAAUGACAUACAUUUUUGACGAAGCAUCACUAUCAACUGAACCCCGUUCAGAAUCGUUUUUUCGUAACCAGUGGUUUAUCGUUGCUUACAGGUAUACAUUAAAUUACUUAUAACAGUGGCUGCACCCGUCCCCAUAAUCCUAAGACGUAUUUUUUAAAUUUUUUUUUUAUUAUUACAAUUUCUCGAUUUCCUCCUAGUUACAAGGGGAAAACCCUGUUUAGAAUCGUUUUUCGAUUUAUCGCUCGUUACCCCGACUGAAACCCGCCUUUAACAGCGGCCUACGGUCCCUAUAGAUGUUAGCGAGUCGCUUAUUAUAAGUAUGGAUAGAAUACGACACGGUGACAAUAUUACUGUCCGAGUUUUGUCGAUUGAAAACCCACAACUCGAGAUGUGCAGCUGAUGUAACGCGCGCGGCGUUAUUGCGUCAGAUUUCGUUUACACGACGCGUAGUUGCAUUAAGCCCCUGUUAGUCACAAAGUGGUAUUUUUUUUUUUUACGGCGGUCGCUCUUUUCCGUUUAUAUAUUUUGUAAAAACAGUGAUAUAAAAUAGGCAAAUAUAAUUCACCAAUACUAAAUGCACGGUAGGCACAACGUAUAUAAAACUCGUAAAAACAAUGUUACAUAAAAAAAAAAACAACUUUUUACCCGGGACAUGACCCCCAGUUUUUUCUGAAAAGAACUAAUUACAAUUCUUUAUAAACCUUUUUUUUUUUUUUAAUAUCGUUAAAAUUGCCAGAAUAGUUUACCAUAUCAACUAUAAAAGGCUAAUAUAAGUAUUUCGUGGAAAUUUCGGGCGAUUUUAUUUCUAACAGAAUUACAACAAAAAAAAACAAUUGAAAAUAAUGAAACCGUUAUUUCAUUAAACUCCCGUUCGCCCUUCGUUAUUUACCCAAUUAUUAAAAAAACAAACUGCGUAGAUAAUCAAAUAAUGAUUUAUUUGUAUCUUUUUCACCGGAAAUGCCGAUCCUAAUAAAAACUUUAUAAGAACUUUCAUAUAGCAUUUUCGACCUAAUUGGUUUGCUGGGCGGAUAUUAUUAUUUUUUUUAAAUUUUCCUCGUAGUUUUCUGAAUAAAUCGUGAAAACUGGCAAUUUUCGGUAUAAUUCCCUUUUCGUUUUCCGAGUUACGUUCGCAACAGGCGGAAUACACGAUUAAUAACACUCGCUGCUCACAAUCAAUAUUUUUUUUCUCGUUAGCUAUAUGGUAUGCCGUCGCGUACAGAUAUAAAUUAAAUUAUACGCUGCAUAGUGUAUACCCUCCGUUCCGACAUCUCUCUUUAAACCGUGGCACACCCGCCAGCAGUAUCGGCUUGCAUACAUUUCAUAAUUAUGCAUGUUUACACCUGAAUUAAACAAUGUGUUUUAAUAACAAAUAUGAAUAUAAUCCGAAUGAUUAAUUGUAUAAAAAUGUACAUAUGUAUGUAUUUGUUUAAAACGAAGGUAUCGAGGAGAAUUGUAUUCAAAAUCGCGCGCAUCCGCCCUUAUCUAUAAUAGUUAUAACCACGGCGGCGUUAGAGGGGGUAUUAGCAUUUGCGUAUUAUUUUUGAAAGAUCAAAAAAAAAAAAAAAAAGCAGAAUCUAAAACACAAGUUCUGUUCAUCGUGUAAGGAAUCUAAAUCCUAAAUAACGUUUCGCACGUAUAUGUAUUAACAUGCAUAUUUUACGGUUUUUGAUUUUGAGAUCAUAUUUUAACAGUAUAUGGAGCUUUUAAGUGUAAUAAAAUGACGUGUGCUCAUAUCUUGUCUUAUAUCGUCUGUCGCGUUUUAUUCGCGCGUUUUUCGAUUGUUCAAUUUGUAUACGCACACCGAUACACGGUAGCAUUGAGUUCGAUCGCUCAAAACACAAAGUAUUCGCGUAAAUACCGUUGAUAAUAAUAAAUAAUUAUUUAUGUACCGAGUUUUUAGUACACAAUUUGUGUAAAAUAAAAUAAUAAUAAUUUUUGAGAGCAUAUUUUUACCGCAUAUUAUCCGACUGUUUUUCAAGGCAUAUUUGGACUUUUUUUUUUUUUUUGUCUUUAUUUUACAAAAAAACAAAUGCAGCUGUUACGUAUCUGUAUAAUGGUUAGAAACCGGAUUUAUGUUCUCUUAAAACCCGUAAAAACUACUCGAAAACAUCAAGAAAGCAUUAAAAAAUACUUUUAAAAACCCGAAAAUUAUAUACGGGUUUAAAAGUCUCCGUUCUGACGGGUUUAGCUUGUACACGCAAUUUGCUGACAUUACAAAAACGAUUAAUUAAACGUAAUUUAUUUCGCGUAAAUCAUUUGUAGUGGCGUUUAGAAAUAUAAUUCAAUGAGUUACGAGCCAUUAACGGACGGACUUUUAAAUCCCCCCGAAUUAUCGUUUUCGCUUUUUUAAACGUCUGUUAAGUGCUUAUUUCGGGGAUUUUUUUGGACGUUUUCACGCGCGUUUUUUUUUUUGUUCAUCUGCGUACUGGUAAACGACAAUGGCGACGGGGCAAUUGCCGGUCGGUCUUUCGUUUUCUCGUGUUUUAAUAUCGCGCGCGCCCACAAUACAGUAUUCCGCCGUUGUACACACGCGCACUCGACGGGUGUAAAAACCGCGAACGCGACAGUUUAUUGCCGGGCCGCAUUGAAAAUGCAAAGCGCGUCGCGCGUAUUGUGCGCACGGUAACCCGCCUACCGGUCGCCCGCGCCCGGCCAGUGCGACGUUAUAAUAGAGUCGACACCGCGUUAAUUCGCCGCAUUAUUCUGCGAUAAUUACCGCGGUCAUUGCGGGUCUUACGAAAUGCGGUUGAGUGCGUUUGUGGUCCACGCCGCGGCCUUUCGGCGGCCGUCGCAUGCGGCCCGCGGGACCGCCGGCGAACACGCGCGCGCCCGGUUAGUUCGCCCGUACCCGCACUCGCGUAGCAAUAACGCAACGCGUACAAAUAACAAUAAUAGUGGUUCAAUUGUAUCGCGCGUUGUUAUCGAUGUUGUUCGUACAACUCGACCGUAGCCGUUUCAAAGCGGCUUUAUAUUUGGUGUACAUGUGCGUUAUAAUACACACACGCACACACACACACGCAUACACACACACACACCCGACGUGUUUUAUCGCACUGGAAAUCUCCGCUGUCAUCAGCAAAACGAACCGGAAAAAAACAGCGAUGUUGUAACAACGACAAUACGACGGCGAGCCGCGCCGAGAAAUAAAAACGACAAAAAAAAAAAAAAAAACGCGCGACAGGUGAAAAUCGGUCGACGCGGACCCGACCAAACGAAACAACUGAAAUACGUUUCGUCCUGAGCGCGACGUCACGUAUAUGCGUAAAACCGAUCGACGGAUCGGGCGACUUGUUCCGGUCCGAUUUCCCAGACGAUUAUCGUGACCCGAGUACGGUAUUAUCGUACGGGCAUCGCCCGUUCGCGCCGAAAUGAAAAAAAAUGGAACUUUUUUCGCCGACUGCCUAUUUCGGCCGAAUUUCCCUUCAAACAUUUGGACGGCAUUUGUUACGGAUUUAACAAGGACCAUCAGUAAUUAUGAAUCCUUUCAUGCCCAAUUUAACGAACAAUUUUAUAAAUCGUACCCUAAUGUUUUUAUAUUUUUUACAUUUUCAGAAAUUUUAAUUAAAUUCGUUCAAACAGAUUUUUCGAUUAAAAUCGAUAGCAAUAUAAACAAUGUCCCCAACCGUCCAAAGGAUUUGCAGACUACAAUCCGACUAAACAAAACUAUAAAAACAAUUGAAAACUAUGAAAACAAAAAAAAAUCAACACGGUACGAAUGUAUAAAUAUGGUGGCGUUUAAUUACAAUAAAGAUUAGGUUAUAUAGGUUACUUAGUAUUAGUUUAGUAUUAGUAGUUUGUAUUCAUAAUAAUAUUUUCAAAACUGUUUUUAAAAAAAAUUGUGAAUUCUUCAAUGUUUAUUAUUUAUUUGAAAACAAUUUGUACAUUUAUUGACGAUAAUUGUAAACGUUUAUUUGUAAUAUUACAAUUUUUGUUUGACGCGUAUUUAUUUAAGCGCUAAAAAUAAUAAUACAAAUCGACUAGUUCACCAACCUGAAUUGACCGUCAUGUAAACGUUGUUUCGAUACAAUUCUAUAUUUGUUUAGUACCUAUUAUUAAUGGAGAAAAAAGUAACGUAAAAUGACUUAUCAACAAGUAAAACAAAAAUAACUCGUGUAAAUUUGGCGCAUACGGGCGGUCGGAAAAAAAAAGUUUUUUUUGUUUUUUGUUUUUUUUUUUUUUGCCGCAAAUGGGCAAUUCCCCGUACCGCGACGGGGUACAUACCUAAUAACAUACCUAGUAACAUACAAAUCUAUCACAGGCAUACGGUACAGACGGGGGUUUGCCGGUACCGCGGUUUUCAUAUAAUAUCGCAAUAACAUGUUUCGUCGUAACAAUAUAAUUGUGUUACAUCCUCGUCGAUCGUCCGCGUAUCUCGCUCGGCCACCUCACGGCGCAUCAUUUCUACGCACAGUGGGACGGCCGUAAAGUGUAACGGCCCCGUCCGCCCUCGGACCGUUUUUUGCAAAUCUACGGGUCCGCGAAAUAAAUCACCGGCACGCGGAUAAGUAUUUCGUUCUGCGGGUAACCAAUUUGUACAACCGUUCUCUUUUCCCCAAGUAAACUACUCGAUAACGACGAAGCGAAAAUAAUACCGGUUCGAGGUUUUUCGUGUAAUUUAGUAUUCGAAAAUAAAGCGGGUUUCAGUCGGGGUAACGAGUGAUAAAUCGAAAAACGAUUCUGAACAGGGUUUUCUCCUUGUAACUACGAGGCAAUCGAGAAAUAAUAAUAAUAAUAAAAAAAGACGUCUUAGGAUAAUGGAGACGGGUGCGACCGCUGUUAUAGGUAAUUCAAUAUAUACCCAACGAUAAACCAUUGGUUACGAAAAAACGAUUCCGAGCGGAGUUCAGUUGAUAAUGAUGCUUUGUCAACAAUAUAUAUAUAUGUAAUUUUAGAGUAAAAAAAAAACUAAUAAAAUAGGCUUUAUAUGUUUUCUUCAAUAAAAUUUGUUUAACAUUGUACCGAUUUUCCCAAUUUCCUUACGUUUUUCCCGGUUUUCCCGUGGUUUUUUAAUCAAAAAAUGACUUCUCUAAAGUAUCUCGCUAGUGAAAUUUCCAUUUAGAAACAUUGCUAUCAUUAAAAAUUGGAGCUUAAUUGUUGGUAGAAAAGUUGUCUACAGAAAAAAAAAAAAAUCUUAAAUUAUAUUUAUUAUAUUUCGUAAAUGUUAAUGUUUUUUUUUUUUCGAUUUUUUACAUUUGAUGUGAAAACUCUUUAGAAAAUCGAAAAAUUACUUUCCUACGCCGAUUUUCUUUCAGAAAAGGCGCUACGCGUAGAAAUCCAAGCAAGUAUUCUGGUAAAAGAGUUGUGCAAAGAUAAAAAAAAAACAUAAACAUCUUUGUAAAACCAUAAGCUUCUUCGCUCCACUCAGAAUCUAAAAUAUAUUUUGAAUGAAAUCGCGAAAAUAUUCCAUUGUAUAAUAAAUAACGGCGGAAAAAACAUAAUUCAAAUUUAAACUACGUUUUCGUGGACAAUCGGCGGACGGUAAUUGUAAAAUAAAAAUAAAACCCUGUAAAUUAAUCCGCUAAAACGAUACAUAUAUUUUUUUUUUUUUUCAUAUUCGCUUACAGAAAUAAAUAAGUCAUCCACACGGAUAUAAAUUAUUAUACCUUUAAAAUAUUACACGUGCGUUAUUUAUACGUUUAUUUCAGGUUGACCAGUUUUGACGAACAAUCAUAAUUUCUGUACUACAUUACCUACAUUGCAACUCGAUCCAUUUCACUUUGCCGUAAGGGUGAACAUUUUCAGGAUGACGGAACUCCGCAAAUAUAAGGUAAGAUAUACCACAUUAGUAAAUCGUAAUAAUAAACCGUUUGUAUAUAUAUAUAUUACGGUGAAAGAUAUAAAUGUGGUAAAAUACGUGAUUUCCCUAAAACACUCCGGAGUGUACGCACUUUAUUUGGAAUUAUUUUUAUUUACAAACUGCAAAAGAAUAUCCAUAAAUAGAUGUAGUGUUAGUUAAAAUAAAUUUCGGUGUUGAAAUUUCGGAUUUCCGUCAAUCCAUCCGUUGACGAGAUACUCCACUUUUAAGUUUUGGUCGGGGGAGAGUAUAGUGGAACAUCGUUUGAAUGGCGGCUUGGCGUGCGGUCGUGACGUUUUAAUAAUGCUUCAACUACUCUUCUCCGACCGAAACUUAUAUGUGGAAUAUCUCGUCAACGGAUUUACGGAAAUCAAACAUUUUGACACCGAGAUUUAUUUUGACUAACGCCACAUCUAUUUAUGGAAUUUUUUUUGCAGGUGACAAAAAAAAAAAAUUUCAACGUAACAUUUGGACUACUUGGACUACUUCAAAUUUGUCUAAAAUAAAAAAUUAGUUAUUUUUUUAGUUUUUCACUAAAACAUAGAAAUUUAAUUCAAUAAUAAAAAUGUGUAGCAUCCGUAUCUCUGUGAUAUGAAAAAAAAACAGCAUUUGAUUAUCUUUAUUAUCUCGGGAAAUAAUACAAUGAGUAUAUCUUUGUGGGACGCCUUGUAUACUUAUAAUUAUUUUUUAAAUUUUUAAAAAAGUUUCUCUAUCUCGUUUUUUUCCAAUAUUUAAUUUCACAAAUAUUAAAAUCAAUUUUUAUAUUUAUUUUAUUUUUUUUUAAUAAUUAACCGAUCUAGUCAUUGAAAAAAUAUAUAUGUAUAUAGACACAGUUAUGUACUAUGUAUAAUCGGGAAAAACUAGUAAGUACAUAUAAUUGGAAUAAAAAGUUUUACUAAGUUAUAAAAAAAAAAAUUAUGUAUAUAUAUAUAUAUAUGCUUAUCUGUUUUUCGAAACCUAAAGGAAUACUGAAAGUAAACUUCAAAUUUAGCCAUCAAAACAUCUUCUAAAAUCGAUUUUAACAUAACUAUUUAUUUUUUUAAAAUUAUUUCUAUAUUAAUACGAAUUUCACAAUGUCCUUAUUGUGAUCGCGUGUGUUUUUUGAGCGUGAAUCACUCUUACAAACUCUCCGUAUAAAGCCCGGGGAUGGCUUUUUACGCGUGCGUAUAGUGUCAAUGUCGAAGAUAACGCCGUUUUGCGGGUUCCAACUUACAACUUGCUUAGCAUGUUCAAAUUUAACCGGGGAGUUUUUUUUGUUUUUUUUUUUUUUUUCAAAUAGUAUGGUUAUAGUGUAUAAUAUAAUACUGUAUUAUCAUAGUAUUCAGUUAUUUAUUGUUUCACAGAGAAUAAUUCUAUACGUUGAAUUGGUCAUGGAGGGAAAUUCGGCUGUAGUGAUGUUUCUUUUGAUGUUUUUUUUUUUUUUGUCAAUGGCAUUAGGUAUUUUAAAUAAAUUAAAAUUUAUUUCUCGAUCAGUUCAGGGUGGUUUGAAAUCAAUUAUUAUACGUGAUAUCGUGGCAAUGCUACUAGAAUUUUGUGUUGGUACAGUAUAAAAUCUGUCCGAGACUCUGUCUGCAUAUUAAUAUUAGUCCAGAUAUAGACUGAGUCUUUUAAAUCGUUUUGAUUGAGCGAGGGAGCGAUUAUAUUAUUGUUGGUAAUGCACAUUUGAUUAAAGUAGAGGAAAACAACAUUUUUCGUGAUAGUACAUUCGCGUGAAGUUUUGUAUGGUGACGGUAAUUAUUAUUAUAAUUAUUAUUAAACGAGUGCUGGUAUUAUAAUAAUAUUCCAAAUUAUUCUCAUUGAAUACGACACAAAAAUGUGAAAUACCCUAAGGCUUGUACGAGGAAAUAAGAUUGUGUUUGGAUUUUUUAAUUAUUUCUGUCAAGUUGCAGUUUACUAGGGAACAAAAAAAUAAAAAAAAUAUCGCCCUUAUAGAACUAUACAGCUUCUUUUUCGUUUAUUUCGAAACCGAUUGAUUUGCUCUUUUUUUAUUUAUUUUUGAAACGCCGAAAAAAUAUUAAUUUAUUUGAUUUUUCCGAUUUUGUCGAUUUUAUAUGUUCAUAAUAAUAUAUUGUUGUUUAUUAGGGGACGAAAAAAAAAAAAAUAAAAAAAAAAAUAGCUUCAUUAAAAAACUGUACAGCUUCUUUUUCGUUUAUUUCGAAACGGGGUGAUUUGAUUACAUUUGAUUUUACUUAUUUUUGAAACGUUGAAAAAAAUAAUAAUUUAUUUUAUUUUUCUGAUUUUAUCGAUUUUAUAUGUUCAUAAUAAUAAUAUAUUGAAUUCGAUCGGACAUUAAUGUGUUAAAUUACAGUUUUUGUCACAUUAUUGGAGUCCGGACAGUUCCGAGUAAAUAGAUAUUCCGCUUAGGGGCAGAUUUUGAAAUACCGUCAUUCACAAUUCUUUUACGUGCAUCAUAAAAGUCGAUAAGUCAAAAUAAAUAUCGUUCACUUGUGAAAAUAAUCGAAUUGUUAUCAUUAGAUUACUCAAAAGAAAAACUAUAUAAAUGACGCGAACUACUAUAGAUAUGAACCGUUACUUAAUAUUUAGACUUAAACAAUAGGCUAUGCUUUUUGUAUUACAUGUGUCAGUCUUCCCCGUUAAUUAAUUAAGAAUAUAAUAUUUUUACUAUAAAAUAUAAUUUAUUGUUAUUUUAUGAUUGGUUUUACCUUCUUGAAGAAAUUCUAAAUUUUAGGUAUCUGGGAUGUAAUAUGUUGGUACUUGGUGUUGAGCACCGCUUAAUUUGAUGCGCAUCCCACUAAUGAUAUAUGAUUAUGAUGAUAAUUAUAUAUGAUAAUAUAAUAUAACAUAAUUGAAAAAAAAAAAUUAAAUCUAUUCUAAAAAAAUUAAAUCGACUGAAUAGACAUUCAGUCAAUCUUAUUUUUUUUUCUAAGUAUAACCGACAGCAAUAAGCUGCUUACCACGAUGCUUCACUUAUGAAUUACCUUAUCGUGUAUCUCUAAAACUUCCCUCCUAUUUUCUGCAAUGGCCUACCCGAGGUGACAAGUACAUCACAACGUCCGUGUUCACCACUUUUCGGUUUAGCUGGAUACCGUAAACGUUUAAACAUUUUUAUAUUUGUUUUGUACCGUGCUAGUUUUAUUAUAAAUUGUAUUAUUGAAUAAACUUAUAAAUUCAUAAUAAUGAACGAACUACACUAUACAAAACCGUAGAUUACGUUCACUGCACAGAACCGUUAAUGGUAACUGUGCAAUAGGUACUAUAUUAUUAAUAAGUAAUAACCUUUUUUAUCAGGAUGGCACAAAGGUGGGUAACUUUUACUUUUAUUAUUUAAAUUACUUAUAUUAUUCUGUAUUCAUAAUUUUAAACGACUUACCCUAUUACGAUAAUCCCCCAUGGUACCUAUUUAUCUAGUAUCUAUAUUUAGUGUAACAGGCAACAGCUCUAUUUAUAUUGUUAUUUAUUUAUCAUUCAAUCAAUUUAUGAUUAUACGUUUUAUAAUGGUUCGGUAUAUGACUAUAGUAACUGUCAACUGUACGUUUGCAUAAUCGUAUUUUUAUUUUAAAUAAAUAAUAUUAACUUACACUAUCGUGUCAGAUAUACAUAUUAUGUGUAUCCAUUAUGCCAUACUACGGACCUACAGAACAUUUCUGUACAGGUAGAUAGUAGCCAGUAGGUACCCACUACCUAUCAAAUUUCUUUUUCAUAGACCUUUCAUAAAUUUACUGCACGAAUAGGAUAAUUCGGUUAAAUGAUACAAGUUUAUUAGAAUUAUAAAAAAAAAUAAAAAAUAAGGUAUAAAGAAAAUUGGUUUAUUGUAUUAAUUUUCUAUAAAAUAUUUUAUUAUUAUUUCGAAUCGGGAUUAUUAGCAUACGCAAUCGUACCGGUACAAUGUACGCUUUGUGUUUAAGUGCAAAAUUAUAUAACUGAAUUAAUUUAAUAGGAACCCUAAUUAGAAAUUCGAAAUAUAUAUAUCCUCCGUAGAAAAUGCCGAAGAAAUGUUUUGUUAUGUUAAAAAAAAUAGAAAAAUUUUUUGCUGAAACACAUUGUUAUAAACUUAAGCAAACUAAAAUUGAUAUAUUUUUUUAAUAUAAUAUAAUAGAAAAAAAUAAUAAUAAAAAUGCAUAUGUAUAUUGUAUAUAUAUAUUUAUUUUUUAAUUACAUUCAAUAGCAAAAAAAUAUCUGUAUAUCAUUAUAACUUAUUUAUAAAUUUAGUACCCGUUAAAUUAUGUUCAUAAUAAAAAAAAAAAACUCGAAAUUUCAUUCACUUAUAUUUUCAAUUCCCGCUUAAGACACUCUAGUGAGCUGGUCCUUUAAAGAGCGUCUUAAGCGAGUUUUACUGCAUACGUAUUCUGUGAAAAUGUCCGAUGAUAUCUUGACUAUUUUUACCGUAUCACAAUAAAAAAAACAAAAUCAAAAAUAAUCUGUAAACCUUACAUUAUUUCCUACACUUUUUUCUAAUUAUUAGGAAGACUUCAAGAGAAAUAAAAAAUCACAUCCUCAACGCACCAACUAGAUCCUUAAUGUUAUAAAAAAAAUUACUUCUCGCUUUUUGAUUGGAGCAAGAUUUCUGGUAGAAAGUUUGUUAACAGCAAGAAGUAAUAACGUUUUAGAUAACGUUUUGCAAAAACACGUGUUCAGAUAGAAGAAGAGCACAUUGUUUCGCUCAAAUUACAGAAGUAUAUAUAUAUAUAUAUAUAUAUAUAAAUAUAAAAAAAAAAAAAAAGGAUAUACUUGUAAAUAUUUAUUUACAUUAUUACGAUGUAUUGUAAUAUUAUAGUUCGUUGUAUGAAUUAUCGUAAAACUAACUGUUGAUUAUUUAAAACUGUUAGAUAUCAUUAUUAACACACACAAUCAUAUAGAUACAAUGCAUGAUUUAUGUUUAAGUGCGAAAUUGUGAUUUUUAAAAAAAUGUUUUCACUUAACCUACGCCAUACACAAUUUGAGUGCUUGUUUAUUAUAAUAAUUAGCAUAUUUUGAUAAAUAUAAUAAUGGGUGAUUCAUUAAGAGGUACUAUUUUUAAAUGGGAUUUUAUAACAGAUAACGAAUAAGUCGUAUCAAACUAUCAUGUUAUUUUUGUUUAGUGUUGUUUGACAUUUCAUCAUGUUAUUUUAAUACGUCAAUAUUUUAUCAUGUUAAAGACUUAGCUCGGCACAGCGUCUACCAAAAUUAUUCAACUUUAUUACGAAAAACAGUCCUCGUAGAACGCUGAUUUUCGUAAGCUUAGAGAAACUUAUGGUCCGCACGAUCGGCCUACCGAACACACAAUUCGUUAUAUAAUUGUAAAAUUUGAAACCCAAUUUUUAUUAUUGGAUAACACACGACCAAAUAGGUCACAUCCAACACGUAGUGAAGAAAGUAUAGCGGCGGUAGCUGGAAGUGUACGCGAUGACCAUGAUGAAUCGAUUUAGUGCCGGUCCCAACAGCUUGGCUUGUCGUACGCAACCACUUGGCGUAUUUUACGUAAGGACCUUGGUUUAAAAGCAUACAAAAUUCAACUCAUCUAAGAAAUGAAGCCGGCCGACCUUCCGAGGCUCAUUUUUGGCUUAAUGGUUACGUCAAAAUUGCCGUAUUUGGGCUGAAGAGCAACCCGAAGAGGUUCAAGAGCUGCCAUCACAUCUAGAAGAAAUAAUCGUUUGGUGUGGUUUAUGGGCUGGUGGAGUCAUCGGUCCAUAUUUCUUUAAAAAUGAUGCUGCCCAGAACGUAACUGUGAAUGGCGCUCGCUAUCGCGACAUGAUAACAGACUAUUUGUUGCCUGAAAUUGAAGCCCGUGAUCUUGAUGACAUUUGGUUUCAACAAGAUGGUGCUACAUGUCAUACAGCUCGCGAAACCCUGGCUUUAUUGCGAGAACAAUUCGGUGAACAAUUGAUAAUGCGAUAUCACACCUCUCGAAUUUUUUCUUCGGGGCUACGUGAAGUCCAAAGUCUACAUAACCAAGCCGACUACGACAGAUGAAUUAGAAGCCAACAUCAAACACGUCAUAGGCCAAAUACCAGUCGAAAUGCUUGGACGGGUUAUUGAAAAUUGGAACUUCCGAAUGCAUCAUGUUAGGCGAAGUUAUAGCCAACAUUUAAAAGAUAUAAUAUUUAAAAAAUAAAUGUAACUAAUAGUUAUUUUUUAUAAUAAUAAAGUUUACCCAAUAAAAUUGAAUUUUUUUAUUGUUUUUUAAUUUUUGAAAAAAAUAUCUCUAAAUGAAUCACUCUUUAUAAUAUGCGGUAUAGAUAACUAAAAUGUAAAUUUGUGUUCAGUUUACACGUGCAUGGGUAUGACGUACACCAGUAAACCAUUUUAGAAGUGUAUCGGAAGUACUUAAAUAAUGACGUAAAAUUUUUAUCUUCUAACUUUUAUUUUCAUGCAUGUGUAUAGCUGCACCCGUGUCAAGGUCAGUGACACAUUCACAGAAAUGCAAUUUAAAAACAGAUAGAACACGAAUGCACUAAUUUGUCCGAAGACCGGGCAAUUUUUUUUUUUUUAUUAUGACGUCACCAUUUUUUUCCCAUAUAUUUUUCUAUAGAAUUUUUCGCGAAACAAAAUAAUUAACAUAAACUAUUAGAGGAACCUACCAUCCCAUACACUACUGUUUUAAAAUUUGUCUGAAAAGUCUUCACUAUCAUUGUAUAUACCAUACUAUUAUUGUAUCUAUAUAAGAGUUGUCUGAUUUAUUUAUGAUUGGUCAAUAUUUAUUUAAAACAAAUGUAUUAUAGACGUGGGCAUUGUUUGGUCAAUUUUUAAAGGGAGGGUGGUAAAAUUAUGGUAAAUUUUAAUUUAUGAAUAUUAUAAUCGCGUUAAAAACUAUCUAUCACGUACUCUAUGAUUACACCAUGAUUUUAUUAAAUAGGUAGCCCCAAAAAUGUGUACAAGGUGACCAAUUAAAAUGGAUACACUCAUUAUAUAUUAUUAUCUCAUUAUCAGUAUUAAUUUUUUUCGGAAUUUGUUUCAUAGGACACACAUAAGAAACAAGCAGCUCUACAAUUUUACACUUAUGUUAUUUUUAUAUAUAAAACCACUUUACUUACUUCUGAUUUUCAAAUGGCAACAAGUAUUCAAAAUUCUAUAAAUAGAUGGAUAAAUUUAGUUAAAAAUAAAUUUUAGUGUUGAAAUAUUUUAUUUCAUUGAACCCAUCGACGAGAUAUUUUACUUUUAAGUUUGGGUAGGGGGAGGAAGUAGUGUUACAUUAUUAAAACACCGCGGGUCGUGCCACCACGCAAAUGAUGCUUUACUAAUCUCCCUGGAUGAUUAAAUGUUCUAUAAAACGAAAUUCGAAAAAAAUUAUUAUUUUCUGAGAUAAUGCGACGUGUAACCACUUAAUUGGAUCACCUUGUACAUAAUAACUGCAGUGUGUAAUAUAAAAUAAAAUGGAAUUACAAUGUGGAAAUUUGCAUAUCAAUAAUUUUAUAAACCCGAAAAUUAGCAUUUGGUAAAUAGCAGCAUUACAGUAAUGUGAAAAAUAUAAAAUAUUUUGGCUGCCGUAUAAAUACAAAAGCCCAAAAGGACGCAACAAUUAUUUUUCUCAUUUAAACUAGCUAUAAUUUCCAAUGAUAAAUUAUUGUAAAACCAUUUUUAUAGACAAUUUUAAGCCCUAAAACAAAAGAUUUACACAUUUUUCUUCUAAAUUCUAUAUUUAAAACCUUGAAAAAAAAAAUCAAACUAGAAAAACAAUAAAACUACCUAUUUGUAUACUUUUUCUGUUCAUUUUUGUAGCACGGAAAUCAGUGGCGUAGCCACUUUUAUCCAAAAAUUAACACAAUUUUAAAACCAAACAUGUUUAUUAGUCUUUCCUAUUCAAACAUUUAUAUUAUUUUAUCUGGCCUACCCAGAGAAAAAAUUUUAGCUACGCCUCUGACAGAGAGGGUUAGUUGAGCCGCCGUAAUAAAUAUUGAACACAUAAUUUAGUUACUUUCUUAUGGAAACUAAUGAAUUGACAGGAUACGGAAUUAAAAAUAUCUUAAUUUAUCGAUUUAACGAGAAAAAACAAAUUUCGCGAUGUACUUCUGCAUAUUAUAUUAUUAUAGUUUGGUUUAUUAUUAUUGUUAUUAUUUUAUUCUAUUUUGAAUUAUAAACUCGUAAACAUUUUUUCCAAUCCAAUAAAUCGAUAAACCAAUAAACGAAUUUGUACGACAAAUAUCUAAAAUUAAAAAUAUGCAAAAUUAGAAAUCAAAAAUGCUCUUGUAUUUAAAAUACGGUGUAGUUACCUAUAUAUAUGUACUAUGAAACAGACCGAACCUUUACAUGAUGAAUAUUAUAUAAACUUUUCAAAAAAUAAAAAAUAAAAUGUAUUGUGAUUGGCUAAAGUUAUCCGUGUCUCAUUUAGUUGCGUACCCUUGUGUUAUAAUUUAAUUAAUUUAAAUUUUAUAUAAAGUGCAAAAAAAAAAAAAAAAACAACAGUCCUUUUUUUGUCCGAAAAGGUUAUGAUUUUGAUUGAAAAUGUUUAAUUUAUUUUUAUCUACUCAGAAAUUAUUACCAUAAAUAUUAACAAUUCCAGUGUUCGUCAUUAAUUUAAUUUAGUUUAAAUUUUAAGACGUCAUUUAAUCGGCAUUCUAAGAACGAUAUGAUUUAAAAAAAAAAAAAUUUUUUUUCAAAAAACUUAUAUCUAAUAUUUUCGGAUUACUAAAAAUAAAACUAGAUUGUUGCAUGCGCCCAUGAGAACAAGCACGUGUAUAGUUGCACUCGUAUCAAGGUCAGUGAGAUAUUCACAGAAAUGCAAUUUAAAAGCAGAUAGAACACGAAUCGCAGUUACAUUUUUAAGUUGUUUACGUCGGUUUACUUCAUAAAAGUCUACUGACUAACGAUAUUCGUGGCUAUUUAGUAUUUACUAUUGGCUAUUGAGCACUGUGUGUGUUUGUGUGUAGACGAUCUACAUUCAAUAUUUUAGCGAGUUACGUCCGUGUUCACCGCCUUUUCGGUUUAGCUGGAUACCGUAAACGUUUAAACAUUUUUAUAUUUGUUUUGUAUCGUGCUAGUUUUAUUAUAUAUUUUGUAUUAUUGAAUACUAAUAAAUUUUUAAUAAUGAAUGAAGCACUGGGGAAAACUGCGGAUAACAUCCACUGCACAGAACCAUUGCUGGUAAAUAUGCAAUAGUUACUAUACUAUUAAUAAGUAAUAACUUUUGUUAUUAGGAGGGUACAUGGGUAUAAAGGUACCUUUUACUUUUAUUUUUUUUUAAAUUACUUAUAUCAUUCAGUAUUUUAAAUUUUGAACGACUUGCCCUAUUAGGAUAAUCCCCCAUGGUACCUAUUUAUCUAUUUAAUGUAACAGGCAACAGCUCUAUUUAUAUUGUUAUUUAUUUAUCAUUCAAUCAAUUUAUGAUUAUACAUUUUAGAAUGGUUCGGUAUAUGACUAUAGUAACUGUCAACUGUACGUUUGCAUAAUCGUAUUCUUAUUUUAAAUAAAUAAUAUUAACUUACACUCUCGUGUCAUAUAUACAUAUUAUGCAUAUCCAUUAUGUCACACUACGGACCCACAGAACAUUUCUGUACGGGUAGAUAGUAGCCAGUACUAUAACCUACUGACUGCCCAAUUUUAUUUUUCAAAGACCUUUCAUAAAUUUACUGGACGAAUAGUAUAAUUCGGUUAAAUGAUUCAAGUUUAUUAGAAUUAUAAAAUAAAAAAAAAAAAAAUAAGGUAUAAAAAAAAUUGGUUUAUUGCAUUAAUUUUCUAUAAAAUAUUUUAUUAUUAUUUCGAAUUGGGAUUAUUAGCAUACACAAUCGUACCGAUACUACGUAGGAUUUGUGUAUGAGUAUAAAAUUAUAUAACUGAAUUUUUUUUCAGGAUAAAAUAAAUAAUUUUUAUUUUACUUCCUAGUACAGUCUAUGCUGAACUCUGUGUUACAUUUUUAUUUAUUUUUGUUCGGGCAAAUAAUAUCAACAUAAAAUCUAACGUACUUAUUCUGUGAAAAUAUCCGAUAGUAUAUUGACUAUUUUUACCGUAUCGCAAUAAAAAAACAAAUUCGAAAAUAAACCGUCAACUUUCCAGUAUUUUCUACACUUUUUUUUGAUUAUUAGGAAGACUUCUAGGCAAAUAAUAAAACACAUCCUUAACGCAUAUAUAAUAAAAGAAAAAAAAAGUAUAAACUUGUAAAUAUUUAUUUACAUUAUUACGAUGUAUUGUAAUAUUAUAGUUCGUUGUAUAAAUUGUCGUAAAACUAACUGUUGAAUACUGAAACUGUUACUACUAACUUUUAUUUUCAUUCAUGUGUAUAGCUGCACCCGUGUCAAGGCCAAUGAGAUAUUCACAGAAAUGCAAUUUAAAAGCAGUUAGAACACGAAUCGCAUAUACAUUUUUAAGUUGUUUACGUCGGUUUACUUCAUAAGAGUCUACUGACUAACGAUAUUCGUGGCUAUUUAGUAUUUACUAUUGGCUAUUGAGCACUGUGUGUGUUAGUAUGUACUCAAUCUACAUUCUAUAUUUUAGCGAGUUACGUCCGUGUUCGCCGCUUUUCGGUUUAGCUGGAUACCGUAAACGUUUAAACAUUUUUAUACGUACCUUUUACUUUAAUUUCAUAUCCCGAGCGUAGCGAGUGAGCUAUUUGUUUUACGUAGGCGUGUAUUUCUUUUUCUUGCUCUCUGUACGUGUGGUUCUUACGUGUAGCACUCUUAUUGGAAAGCCUAUGUUGUCUAUAUUGUACUUAAUAGACAUCAUUUUUGAAUUUUUGACCCAUUUUUUUUUUUUUAAAUAAAAGCACUUAAGUGGGAAUAAACGUAGGAAAUCGUACGAUUUCACGAUUUCAUUAUCUUAUACAAAUAUGGACGAUGUUUUCUUCCAUUUUAAUCGAAAAAUUACAGGACAACAUUUUUGUUGCUUUUUUGAUUUUACUGAGGCGAAAAAUAGUAUCCAAAUAAAAUUGAAUACAUUAAAACCCGCUUAAGACACUCCCACUUAAGACGCUCUCCCAUAUAAGAAGCUAUUUUCCGUCGGUCCCUAGACAUUUCCUUUACUAGUAAAAAUCACCUGUCAUUUUUAAUAUUAUUCGUUUUUGGUUAAUAUUGGAUAAUAUCUAUUCAAAAUAUACGCAUUAAAACCGGGAAAGAACGGAGGAAAUACGGGAACAUUUACGAAAUGUAGGUGUUUUUUAUUUUUAAGUCAGUUUCUUUAUUCUUUCAUAGUUCACGUUUUCUACGUGAACUUUAUGAAUUACUAUAUUAUUUUAAAGGGGAAAUCAAUUAAAAUUGUUCGUCGCAUUUGUUUUGUUACACGUUAAAUGCGUUUUAUGAACACUCUACGGAUUAAUGCAAUAUAUUAUUAUUAUUAUCGCAAUACCUUCUAACUAUGGGGGAGACCCUUUUCGCCCGAUUCACUUUUCCGGCCAAAUUUUAAAAAAAAGGUUAAUUCCCUUUGAAUCUCCAUCCAUAACUAAUUUGAUUGCGAGUUUAAUUGAUGAGGUUUAAACUGAAGUGUAUAUAAAACUAAGAAGUGUCCACUUGCCAAACGUUAUCCAAGAUCGAAAACCACGAGAUAGACAAUCUAGAAAUGAAAAAUAUGCUAUAGAUUAUCAAAAUGGACAACUUGACAGAUACUAUAUCAUUUAUUAAAAUAGGUUUUACUAUAAAUAGUAAACGUGUAAUUUAAUAUUGUAUCGUAAUUGCGAUUAUUUGUACCUAUAAUCUAAUUGACCGAUAUACACACGUCUCCGUCAUCGCGCGUUAUCGUGCGAGCUCGCACGAGACCAAAUUUACUCCGAUAAUGCAACGCCAACAUAUCGUAAAUACGGUGUCUCAUUAUAUAGCGAUUUAUUGAACGAUUUAUAUAACACACGUCUGUAAUUUUAUCUUAGUUAUGGUAGCGUCAUCAUUGUGUGAAGUCAUAGACAUGACACAUUUUAUUUCAGGAAUAACAAAUUACCAUAAAACACGGAAUAUAAAUAAUGAAACAUAUCACGAUCGAGCAGUGCCGGAUUAAGAAAUGCAUUAUAUGCAUUAUAUUAUAUUCGCGUUUAUGUUGUGUAAAAUGUAUUACUUAAAUAAAAUUCCUCUGCCAAGACACACUGCCAACAUCAGGUAUAAAGUGAUUAGUGAAUACGUUGCGAAUGCGCGUUGAUUGAAGAGUAGGUCUAGCAGUCGGUGUAUUACUCAUUCCCUUUUUAUGUGCAAACUCUACGCUCAUUGCGUCUUCAAUGUUAAUCGCAUCUCUAGACCGCACAUAAUUAUGAAGACAGCAACAUGUUUUUAUGAUAAGUUUAGCCAAGUCCAGACUUACAUUCAUAGGUUAAUGGGAUGUUUGCCAUUUGUUUGAAAGCAUAUCAAAUGUACUUUCUAUGUUUCGACGAGCCCGGCUCAACCUGUAAUUAAAAAUUAUUUUUUUCUUCUGACAAUACUAUUCCGCUGCAUGGCCGCAUAAUGUGUUGAGAAAUGGAAAAUUGUUAGCUACCAACAAAAAUAAAUGACAUGUUUGCGUUUUCGGUUCCUGGAAGGGGUUGACUAUUUGGAAUAUUUAAUUCAUCACUUUCCAGUUUUCGAAAAAAAAUAUCAGUUCUUUCAAAUAUAGUACUGCCAGCGUCUUUGCCGCUUGGACCAGCGUCAACGUAAAUAAACUUGUAGUCCGGCAUCAGCGAAAGCUAGUAAUACAACUGAUAAAUAAUUUGUGUGAUUAUAACAUUGCGAUCCACGGUCGUUGAAAAAAAUCCUUUCAAAAGCCUUACGUCAGUGAAGGGAUGCACCCGGCAACGUUUGUUUUUCUUCAACAAAUAGUUUUUGUAAAUUUAAUACACGAAUACCACCCGUUUUCGGUUUGUACACUUCCAUCAUUGAAUUGAUUACAAAAUGAUUCAAAACAGUAAUAUGUUAAAUAUUUAAUGAAAACAUAUUACAAAUUCGCAUGAUUUUGAUUCGCAACUAAACACACUUCGUAUGACAUCACGUCGUACCGUCGCCGUCGGGGUUAUCGAUGACGCUGCGGCGCGGCGCCGCGUCGGGCGUUUGAAUACGGCGGUUACGAUAACGCUGCGGUGACGCACGUCAAAAAAACGCACGUGUGUACCAGGCCUUAUUCAUUUGCCGUUUCGAGCUGAUUAACUGAUAAUAAUUGUCGAUAAAACGACCCAUCCGAUUCAUUGUUAAUCGCCCUGCAGCAACAUGCAUACAUGCAUACGUACAGGCACGCGCUUUCCGUGACACAAUAUCGCAUAGAUAUUGUUAUGUUCCGUGUCUCGUACGAGUAACAUCCGUCUAUCGAACGUUAUAUUUUAUAAACGUUAAAUUAUUGUUAUUAUUGUUUUAUUUUUCUUAACUGGAAUCUAAAUAGGUCGAUAGGUAAUAUAUUAUGAAUACAAUUAUUGAUUUGUUAAAAAAUCUAACGGCGUGUUUUUUUAAGUAAAUCAUUAUUGCAUAAUUAAUAAUUUGAAUACGUUUUCCUUUGUAAAUAAUAUUAUGAUAAUAAAAUUCACAGAAAAUUAAUAAGUAAAAAGAAAGAAAAAAAAAAAAAAAAGUCAUAUAAAUAAACUGAAAAACACAUUAACGUUCACACAUUGCGAAAUGAAUUAUUCGAUUCCAGGUGCCCGUGUGGAACCGUAUUGUCUGAUUUUCCAAUAAUAAUUGCUCGCAACGUCUAUAACUACACGUAUGGCAGCCUUAAAAAUAUACAAUAUGCCUUAAAAAUCUUUAUAUAUAUAAAUCGUUCCGCGGUAUAUAUAUAUUUACCACUGGGUGUGUAUUGAUUGCACUCAUUUUUAGAGCAGUUGUGUAAAAUAUGUUGUAAACAAAUAAAAUUAAUAAUACAAAUCUCGUACGUGUUUUAAAAAUACACGAUAUGUUUAAAAUUUACCCUGAAAUUCUGAAAAAAACAGAAAUAUACAAAAAGAAAAAAAAAAAAAAAAAUGUAAUAUUCAGAAUCGUCGUUAGGUCGUGAAACACAUUUUGGUGUAUACGGGCUUUUUUUGUAAAUCAACUAAUAAAGACAUACAAAUUCUUAACAUAAAUAUCUGUAUUAAUAACGUGUUUCACACCGUAUAUAAGUACAGAUAACACAGGGUGAUUUUUUUAUCGCGAACCGUUUACAACUUUGUUUUAACAUUAUUUUCAAUCACAGGUUCACAGAACAUUUCUCUAUACGUUUUGACACGCGUAACGUGUUAAUAUCAGGUUUGAUCGUUUGCGAGCUUAUAACGGUAUAAAGGAAUAGGGAUGGGUAAUAAAUUGCGUACAUUUUUUAAACGAUUUACCUACCCCUCCGGUAUAAACUUUAAACCGUUAAAAUUCCUAAACGAUUCCGCAACGAUAACAACAAUAACCAAAAAUCAAAUUCACACGAAAUCCUCCGAGAGAAUUGUCGAUGAUACACUCACCCUGUAUAAGAUAACGAGUUUCGCUACUGGUAGUCUAAAUUUUCAAUUCAGCGUGUUAAUAAAAUACGAACGGUUUAGCAUCUAUACAUUAUUAUAAUAUAAGCGUAGACGUAUAAUGUUAUGACCUCCAAUAUUAUUUUUACACGUGUAUCACUUGUACCUAUAACAUUAUAAUAAGAUACAGGAGUUUUAUGUUUUUACAUAUUUUUACUGAGAGUUUGCAGCUCCAAUUGGAUAGGUUUACUCGAUUAUUCAUUUACCUGUGAACCGAUGUACACACGUUUAAGCGCAUAAAAUAGAAUAUUCCGAGGUUAAAGAAUAUUUUGUGCGAAAAACACAUUUUAGGCAUGACUCAUGACGAAAUGACGCAAAGCAAUAUUGAUAAGAAAAUCAAUUAUAAAUUAUUCUCUAGAUCUCUUACUGAUUUUACUGAUAUCACGGAAUGCAGAUAUGAACAAAUCUUUAACAAAUUCAUUAAUAAUUCCAAUCAUUGUUAGGUGUACUAACUACUUGUGUACUAAGUGUCAGGUUUUGGCGAGAGUUUUGGUAUAUCGUGUAAGUUUUGGUAAAUUAAAUGCCACUAUAAUUGUGUAUUGAAUCAACGGAUCGAACCAUUUAAUAAAGUUACGAAUGUAUUUACUACUGAUGGAUCCGUUAUAUUUUGUCAGGUUUGUACCAAAUACCUUGUAUAAAAAAAAAAAAAACUAAAAUUAUACAACAUACUUCUACAUCUACUCACAUCGAAAACCUAAAACGCAAAGAUUUAUAAAUGAAAUAAGUUCUCUUAUCUGUUCCAAACAAACUAGAAUCUAAUUUCUAUGAAGAUUUAUGUACGAGUAUGAUUGCUGCCAAUAUACCUUGAUACAAAUUAUUAAUUUUUUAUUUUAAAAUAUGUUUGGUCUCACCCCCUAAUAUUGUGCCUAUAUAUAUAUAAACGAACUACAAAAAGUUUUGGUUCGAUCAGAUAAGGUUAACCCGUGCCGACUUGUGAUUUAAGUUUGAACUUACUACAUUUUUCAAUAUUUACGAAAAUUUUCGACAUUUUCGUAAAUAUUUCGUUAACCUUUAGAAAUAUCGAUAUUUUUAAUACUACAUAUUUUAAAUUAAAUUAAAUUUGCUAUAACUUUUAUUUUAUUACAUUUUUUUAUAUCUCUAAUUGUUCGUGAAUUAUAUUGAUUUGAAAAAUGUAGUAAGUGAAAUGUAGUAAGUUCAAACUUAAAUCACAAGUCGGCACGGGUUAACCUUAUCUGAUCGAACCAAAACUUUUUGUAGUUCGUUUUUAUAUAUAUAUAGGCACAAUAUUAGGGGGUGAGACCAAACAUAUUUUAAAAUAAAAAAUUAAGGAACACCCUAGUACAGCUAUAAUACGACUCGUUAGUAGUAUUUUAACCGCGGCGAACCGUGAAAAUCCGGUUUCGGUGUUUUUUUUUUAUAUUUUUAUUUUUUUAUUCAACAGUACCCGUGAUAGGUUCGGACAAACGCAUUCGGUGUACACCAAUCAUAAUAAUAAUUAUGAUUAUUCAAUAACGAUAUUGAAAUAACGAAAACAAACGGGACACGUAGCGCUUAAUACAAAUAUAAUCGCUACUGUAGACGCAAUUUUUCGUUUAAAUUUUUUUUCUGCGCAUUUUCGACCGACUUCCACCCGGAAUCGUUGCGCUGUUUUUUUUUUUUCACGUUUUUUUUGUGUAUUUUUUUUUUAAUGAUAUUCUCCGUCGCUUUAACACUACAAUAUUGUUAUUACAACGUGAACACAAUUAUAUACAAGGUUCGCCCGACUACAAUAAUAUUUGUACAAACUGUGCGCGCGGCCAUCCCGUCCAAUUUCCGUUUCCAAAGUAUUAUUAUUAUUAUACAUCCGUGUAACACGUUCCGCGUUUCGAAAACGGUUUUUGCGUAUUUACGCCGGCGCGUGUCGCGCAACGGUACGCGAAUUCGCGUCGAACCCGAUUGGGCGUCAAUACGCAACGUCUGUUAAAAAAAAAAAACGCUGUUAUAGUGUUGUAAACACGAGUACACGUGUGCCUAGUUUUAUUUUUGGUUAACGUUUGUGUGUAUAAUUUUCAUUACGCACAUUAUGAUAUUGUGAAACCGGGGCGACGUCGACACGUUCCCGACUGGAACCGCCGGCCGAGCGGAUCCGAUCCGGCUCGGCCGCCGGAAACGGGCGCGGUCGGUCUUUAAGCGAACCAGAUACACACGCGGCGCCUCUUGUUUACGCUACAGUCCCGGGUUCCAGUGUUUGGACACUGGAUCAGUUACAUUGCACUUACGUAUCCAUAUUCUCGUGGGCAUUCCGUGUGGCAUUCGUUAUAUUGUAAACUAUUUUAUUAAUUCGCGUGAUAAAUCAACGUUAACUCUUGUUAUUGACCGGCGGUUGUCAAGCUUUACAAGUCAAGCAUUGAUUCGUGGACCCCCUUAUCCACAAUAAUCCGACACCGAGUCGCCCUACCAAUGCAUAGUCCGUCGAAAUCUAGGGAAAUUCUAGCAGCGGUAUCGUUGAAAAUCGAGUGACGAGGCGGGGAUAUUAUGACGGCGUCAGCGGUUACAUUUGCACGACGGCGACGGCGAUAAUAUGAUAUUAUUUUAAACAAUUUUUUAGUUCUCUCAUUUUUUUUUUUGUUUAUCCUCGACGAUUUAGCGUCACCUCUACACUGGGUUCGUGUCACCUCAGUGCGACAUGCCACCCCGGUUGAGAAACACUGUUUUAAACCAAUCCAUCUUCAAGUUCUCUUACUUCUGAUAAGCCUUUUCCCUGUAGUACAACUGCACACCUUACGAGAAACGCACAUUUAUCGAUCACUGCAUGUUACACGGGUACUAUUAGGAAGUACCUAUAUGACAUUUUUACAAUAACUAUGCCGAAUUUUUUAUCUCACGUUUUUUUUUUUUUGAAUUAUUAUCGAAGUUAAAAAAAAAAAUACGGUUAGGUACGUAUCGUCGUAAAUACGGUCGUAUACGAUUUAAUGUUUAUAAUAUAAGCAAUGUUUACGGAUGUUGAGCGGAGCGAGAAACGGUUUGUUUUGUUUUUAUAUUUCGCGGACAGGUCGUGCGGCGAUAUCUGAAACGAGUAAAAUAUUAUUAAACGUAAAUAGCGUGCAAAGGUUAACGCACAUUAAAUACAAUAUUUUCGAUUAGGUAUUCGAAAAAAGAUUUCGAUUUCGUAGUUUUUAUUUUCGAUAAAAAUCAUUUUAGAUUCUGAGUGGAGUGAGGAAUGUAUUGGCUUUAUAAUGGUAUUUUUUUUUUCCAAAUCAACAAAUGACAUUAGAGUUUAUUUGAGGAAUUUUAAAUCUUAUUGGUGUAUUGAGGUACGUAAUAUUUUGUUUUUACAAGUAGUUUUCAUAAUAAUUUGGAAAAACUAGAAAAAAAAGUAUAAGAAAAACAGACAAAUUUACAGUAGUAAAAGUUUUCAAUUUUGUUUUUUUACCAGAAAUCUUGUUCCGAAUUUCAAGACUAGCAUUUUCGAUUUUUUUUUUUCGUUGUUGUUGUUUUUUUAACAAUAUUGGGGAGAAUUUCACAGAAUUCUGUAAAAGUACAUUAUAUUAUGUGAUCCAAUAAUUGUGAAAUUUAACUUUUAUGAGUGGGUGGCGUCAAAGGGCGGCUGUGUCGAUCCUGUCUUUUUUCACGUAUUUAUUUGAUCCCAUUUUCUUAUUAAAAUUACUGAUUGAAAAUAUAUUAUCAAAAGUUUCUAGAUUAAAAAAAUACAAAAAAAAAAAAAUGUACUUAAAUAAAAUACGAACUCCACGGUUUUUUUUUUUUUAUCGUACUCUGAGUGAAAACCGUGGGCGUACGACAUAUACGAAUGUGCAUAAUACCCACUUACUAAUUUAAUCUCGUGACAUGUGACGAUUAGACAAAAUUUGUAUUAUUUUUAUACCAACGUCAGGUUAAUAGCACAUAAGCUUAUGACACUGAACCUGAUGUAUGUCAAUAACAUGCAAGCCGACAAAACGUUUUAUAUUUAAAUGCGUUUUUUACGUAUUUGCAGAAGUAUUUACCGUAUUUAUUGUGUGUUGAUAAUAAAGAACGCGCAAUAUCUUCUAGGCACAACUACUAUUUUCAUUCUACAACAUAAAUCGAAUAGAUACGCUUUUGUCGAAUUUUUUUCCCGGCUAUUGUACCGCAUUAUGCCUGUUACGUAGGACGUAUUUUAUUUAUCAUUUCUCCGCAUCUUUUUGGACAAUUUUAGCGGAUCUUUUUGGAUCGAAUGAGCCCGGGAACUCUUAGAGCUGCAUGUUUUACGGCGAUAAAACUUAUAAAUUUAUAAAUUAUAAAUAAGUUAUAAAUUUCACGCUUAGAGUUUGAACAUGAAUAACUUUCACAAUUGUUUUGUUUUUUUUUUUUUUAACGGUUUUUUGGUUACUUUUAAUCAUAAAUCCAAUUCGGCCUGUAGGAAGUUUUAAACUUUUCAAGAGAAAAACAAAACGUUCUCUAAACCGGAUCACGGAUACAUGUGAGAGUAAAAAAUGUAUUGAUAAAAAAAAAAAAAAAGAUCAUGCACAGGUCAAUAUAAUUGUUUCACAUAAAUUAUUUUAUUAUAAAAUGCAUUUUCGUGUGAGAGUUUUAGAUUUUACAAUCGUUGAAAAAUAUGUAAAAUAUAGUGAUACUAGAUUGAUUCAAUGUACACUGUACGAACGUUUUUCAAACGAUGAGUUCAUAUGAUUUAAUUGUUCGUAAGUUUAAUUAAAGAGUCGCAUUCCCGAUGUGAUGGUUUGCAGUGUGUAUUCGGGAUGUGUUUAAGUACAACAUACGGGUACAAUGCACGGGCACGAUAAAUUGUAUACAAAUUAACUUCGAUUUAAAUCAAUAAUAGAGACGCUGCUGAGACAGUCUAAAUGAAAUCGAUUAAGUACUUUUUUUAACGGAUAAUAUGUGUUUUCCUUUUGUCGAUAUCACGAAUGCAUUAACGUAUUUAAAGGCCCUGCUAGCGAUUUUUUUUAUAAAUUGUUAACAAAUAAUUCAAUCGGUUUAGAUUUUUAUACUCCGCGAGCUGAUUCGUUGAAGAAAAUACGCUUUACUAGAAAAACUCUCAUGCCACGUGGAGUGGUUGAAUGUAGAACAUUUAUUGUCUUCUGUUUAUCGUCGGAAAGAGGAAAACGUCCUACAAGGCACAUAUUGGACUUUGAUUUUUGAUUAAGUGGGUAACCGAAAAUCACAAAACGAAAAAUUAAUUGCAAAACAAAACAAAAAAAAAAACAAAAUGUUAAAAAUUGGUUACAUAAAAACUCAUUAAGAAGUUUUCCUUUUUCUAACGAAAAUAAAAAUACAUACGAUCGACAACGGAUCACUUUACGAGACACGAGUGUUUUUCCUGUACUUCAUAUUUUUGAACAGAAAUUAAACAGGUCGCGUGCAGUCCCCUUAUUUACACGUGCGGUUUUAUAACGAUAGGUAUUAUUCAUUCGUUUUAAGAUUUUAAAAUUGUCUAUAUAGGUAUCAUACCGGUCGGUAUAUUUGGAACGCUCGUUUGUCGAAAUAACCGAAUCCGUUUUACUACGUACACUUGCACGUUUAAUGCCAAAAAAACCAACUUACCUCAGAAAUAAUAUUUAUAUAGGUUAUUGUAUAAGUAUAUUUUUUUCUACGACGUUUCCCUUUCACGUCUGAACGAAAUAAUUUAACAUUUACGCGUGUGUGCAAACAAACACUUAUUCUAUAAACAUAUUCUCGUACCUAUGUAAAGGACAUUGAACAUAUUCCUAUCAAAAUACUAACACACUCGUUAUUUAUUUUCCGCUUCGAAAAAAGGAUAUACAUAAUAAUAAUAAACGAGAUUGGAAAAACUUGCGUAGAUAUUCAGAAGGUAAAAAUCCGAACAAAAUAUUCAUAAACACGAAAAGAAAAUGUUGUUGUUCAAAUGUUUACUGAUCAUGUUACUUAUUCGCAAUAUGUCGAAGUUUACAAAAGUCGUUUUCUAAAUUAUUUUUGACGGAAAAAUUGUUGAAUCAAUUGAUACUAUUUUAUUAGUAGAAAUGAAAACGAUUUAAACUUUAAACAAUUGUAGAAAAUAUUUGCAAUAGUAAACAUUUUGUUAUUUGAUACAUUUAUAAAAUAGCUAUCCUGGAAUUUGUAAAAAAAAUCAGUUUUCAAAUUUAAAUUUGAGAUACUGAACGGAACGAGGAAUGUUUUCGUUUUACAGUAUGUUUACUAAAUAAGACAUGUGCUUAUAUUUUUCCUGUCUGUAAACAAUUUUCUAAAAACAUAGAAAUACUAAAAUCUUUCCAGAAAUCUCGCUCCAAUAAUAAUAAAAAAAAAAAAGAAACAAGAAACCGUUCUUGUUGUAUGUCGAAUUUGGUCGGUACAUUUAGAAAGAAGGUAUUUUUUUAAACCAAAAGUGAUUUUCUUAAUAUAAUUGGUUAAAUCCGGGAAAUAACGAAAGAAAAACUGGAUGGUUUACGGAAAUAACGAUUUUAUUAUUUUCAAUAUUGAUUUAUUGUUGUUAUCGUGUUUUCCACUUGUUAGUCUCACGAAUAAACGCGAUUAAAAAAUGUUCGUUAUUGCUUAAUCCUCGCGUAUGCACAUAAGAGUUUUAGGACAUUACCGCACAGAAAUAGAGUACGUUUUUAUUCGUAAUGUGACGAUUAUACAAUUUAUAAUUUUUUUUUUUUUUGUUUCAGAACGAUCAAUCUUUUUUGAAAACGAUGCUGAGACGUAAAAAGGAAUCGGACUUGGUUCAGAAGCCGUUAAAGACUCGACUCAACCGCGUGUUAGGACUGGUUGACCUAGUGUACCUGGGCGUCGGUUCGACUUUGGGACUCGGCGCGUACGUGCUGGCCGGAGAAGUGGCGGUCAAAACUAGCGGACCGGCGGUCGUUUUAUCGUUUGCUUUCGCCGCCGUGGCUUCGGCGUUGUCGGGUAAAUACGUAUAACUGCAGAACAACAUUAAAAAGCGGUGGCGUACCCGGGGGAGUGUCUAAAGAGGCUUCAGCCUCCUCCCCCCUACCCUAUUGACCACGUUAAAAAACAAAAAAAUAUUCAGCAGUUAAAACUUAUUUAUAAUUAAAUCAUUGCACUAUUUCAUAUAUUCACUAUACUUACUCAACUUUAAGCACAACUGAUAUGUACAUACUGCUUUCGCAAUUAUGUAUAUUGCAAUAUCGAGAAAAUGCAUUUCUAGAAUAAAUAUUAAUGUAAUAUUUCUCUCGAGUCAUUAUAUUAUAUACAUUUAGUUUGAUAUAUUUGCCAUACCCUUCAUGUCAUUGAAAAAUCUCGAGUACGCCGGUGCUAAAAAUUCAACAGCAAUAACAUAAUAUCUUCGUUGACACAAAAAAACCUUCCAUGUGAUAAAACCCAAUUUUUCAGAUGGAACAAAAACAUUUUGUAAAAAACAAAAUUGCCAAUGAUUUUACAAAUGUAACAAAAUUUAAAAUUAUAAAUCUAUAUGAUCACUUAUUUUGAAAAAUAAUAUUAAAAUAAAAAACUCAAUAGUUGUUAAAAAAAAUAUUAUAUUAAUCGUCAAUGUUUUAUGAAACAUACGAUUUUAUUUUUAUACUUUUAUACUUUUUAUACUAGGGUUUUACCUUUUCUAGACGUGGUGAGAUUAUAAAAACAUUUUAGUUAUUUUGAGUUAUUUAUAGGCAUUUAAAUUUUUCAUGUUUUUUACGUAAUUUUUAUUCUGUAGGUACUCUGUAGAUAAAAUUGUUAGACCAAACAGAAACGCUUGAAAAUUUUACAGGAGAUUCAAUAUAAAUCAUACGUAAGCCCAGUAUUUCAAUCUAUACUUAAUCUUAGGCUUAAGACUAAGUAAACCUUAACAACAGUUUUUUAUAUUUCAAUUGAGGUUUAAGAGAUAAGUUCUACUAUUUUUCGGCUUAUCUUAAGGAACGCUCAAGGUAUAGUUUAAGCCUUGGUUGGUUGGCUUAUCUAUAAUUUUUAAAAUUAUUAUUAGUAUUGUCAUUAUAAUUAUUAUCAAAUUUCAAUUUUCAAAUAAACAUUACUGACUGCAAUAAUUUAUAUUUUUAUUAUACAUUUUAUGUUUUCUAUCUAAAAUAUCUAAUAUAAAAUGGACACUUCAUGUUCUAGUGACGGUGAUGAUAUAAUUCGAUUUAUGUGUAGACUCGAUCAGGAAUAAAAAACCUCAGAUUUUUCGUAACCGAACUGACUAUUUUCUAUAAUGGGAUGAAAACAAGUUUUAUAAUCGUUUUCGUUUGAGUAAAAGAUUUAUUAAUAUUGUAAUGGAACUAAUUGACUUCAAAAUUCAAUCUCCAACUAAUCGGUAAAAGCAUAAUAUAUAUAUGUGUAUUAGUAUACCUAAUUAUUUUAGUAAUAGGUUGGCCUAUGGUUUUUGGUUUUCGUGUGUUUAGAAACCAUGCAGUAACAUCAACACAGAUGAUUUUAUCAACAGAUAUUUCAUGAACCAAUAUUCUAAAUAAUUCGAUUUCAUCUGAUGAAAAAUUUGCACUUUUUUUUGCCAUUUACCAUAGCAAAAAUAUACAACUGUUAAAAUAUUUAUUAAAUUGUUUAAUAUUUUUGAUUUUGAAAAAUCUAUAAACUUACUUUGCUUAAUACUAUCUUAAUAUUGUACAACUGUAUUAUCUGCGUAAUUGUGCGUCACAAACUCACAAAAUCGCAUCAAUAAUUAUGAUAAACAAUAAUACCAUGAUAUAAAAUUGAUAAUAUAUUAAUGUCAUGGAACAACACAUAAAAUAGCCACAGUGAGGCUUAAGUAUCGGUUUGAAAUGAAUUGAAAUACUCGUUCACUUUUAAGGUCCACCUUAAUCAAAGUUUUUGAUUUAACUUAAGCCUAAGUUUAAAUAUACAUUUUUCAAUGUAUCAAUGUAUUAAUUUUUCAGUACCGGGCUUUAGCGGUCAACAAGUAAAAAGUUGAAUUAAUUGUUUUUUUUUUUAUAAGAAUUUUAAUUUCAAAUUUUGACGUAAUUAUUACGGCCUUUCAAAAUACGUGUAACCGAACUCCGCUCAGAAUCGUUUUUCGUUAGCAAUGAUUAAUCGUCGCAUACAGAUAUAUACAUUAAAUUCCAACAUUCCCUACUUCUCGCAUACAACAACGGCCCAAUCAUCGUGCGAAAUAUGUCAGUCUUUUUUUUUUUUUUUUUAAUAACCUUUAAUGUCACGAGACAGAACCGCAGAAUGAAAAUAAGCGACCGAACAUUUUUAAUCCUAUUUUGUAAAACCAAUAACCGCUCUAAUCAGCGAAUACGACUGUCGAUAAACGUCAAUGUUUUCAACGUUUUAUUAAUUCACUAAAACUUUAAAAAAAAAAAAAAAACACAACGCCUUGUCCUCCCUCCGGAACAUCUCGUUCUCUAUUGAUUUCAUAAUGCGUGUUUCGGAACCAAAACCAAACGAGGGCUGUGUAGUUUGCGCAAGCAGGUUUUUACUACAUCGCGCGUUUGUAUAAGACGGAAACGACAAAUGCAGCACGUGCGUAACGUCCCGAUAACGCGAACGAUAUUAUAAAAAAAAAAAAAAAAAAAAAAAAAAAAACAGGUUUUAAACAAACGCGAAUCGCCGAACGUUACGGGGUAAUUGAUUGCGAAUAAUAUUAUAAUCUCGGGACGCCGGCAUGAAAAUUCGGCGCGCUAAACACUCUCGUAGAGCACGCAGCGCCGACGACGGUAUAGCCGUACCUAGGUACAAUAAUAAUGUACACGCCCACGUUUAUUUCCACUAUCGGUAUACCGGGAUAUUAGAAAACACGACCUCCCGGACGCGUGGUACACUCGCCCCCCUCUCCCCGCGGAAUCACCCUCCACUUUGGGGAGCAGGGGCACAGCCGCCGGAUUAACAUAAUCGUUUUCGUCUCGCCGCCGGGAACGACAACGGCCUGCCGACGGCACACGCCGACGGGAUACCAAUACAUUAAUAAUAACAACGCAUACGAGUAGCCUUGUCGACGGUAGUUAGUCCGCCGGUCGCAUAACCGUUUGUUUCGGCCGAAUAUUAGAAUAUUAAUGUGUACACUCACACGCUCGUUAAUUGUUCCGAACCAUAGGGAAUUGUAUUAGCUAUAUUAUUAUGCACUGCAGCGUCCGGAGGACCGUGCAGUUUGUGCAAACCGAACGGUUUUCGCGUUAAUGGGUUCUGCGAUGGUAUACACAUCGCACGGGCAAAACGUAUAAAAGACGUAUUUUUUAUUUUAUUAUUAUUAUUUUUUUCUUGUCGAAUUAUCCUUGACGCGAGUUCAUUCAAACAAAAUUUAAUGACGUCUAAUUGGCAUCUAAUAAUAUAUAGAGAACAGAACGUAUCGAAGGAUACGAAUUUGUAACGAUAAUUUUUUAUUUUUGUUUUUUCUUAAAAAAAACAAACGGUUCUUUAUAAACUAUACACGAUAUUAUAUUCUUUGUUUAUUAGUUCAGUCUCAGUAUUAUAAUUUAUUAUCAAUUAUAUAAUAUCAUAAAAAAUGUCAUUCGACUGCUAUUUAUAGAAUAAUAAAAUUUAAGCAGUAGAUAUUCGUGUAUUGAAAUUGUUCAUCUAGUAUGUAGUUAUAGAAAAAAAAACUUAUUAAAUGAAUAUUUUUUUUUUUGUUCAGGAUUGUGUUAUGCGGAAUUUGCGAGUCGCGUGCCAAAAGCCGGUUCUGCAUACGCUUUCAGCUACGUGAGCAUAGGAGAAAUAGUGGCGUUUCUCAUUGGAUGGGAUUUAGUAUUGGAAUACAGCAUCGGUGAGUGCCCUUAUAUAGGAAACAUUAUUGUAAUCAAUGACUCUCAAGAAUCGUUUACGACAUUAUUAUGGUAGAAUUUGGAUAUUUUAUUAUUUAAAAUAAUUAAUAAUAUUAUAUUAUAUUAUAAUAAUAUGACCUAAGUACAAGCAUUGGAAUAUCCUACUUUUAAUGUCUAUAGUAGGUAUCUUAAUUCAGGGGAACACAGAGGCGCAGGAGCUAUUUUUCAUAUGGAAGACAAAAAUAUUGAUGGUGUGGCUGUUCAUAGUUACACCAUCUACACUUUUUUUUUUUCAGUUAACCAACAGUAGCGGGGUAUCAGUUUUUCACAUUGCUAUCCCUUAGUAGGGGGAUCCCUACUGUCAUAGUUUAUUAAUGAAUGUAAUAAAAUGUUUUGUAAAAUCCUGUUUUCCUCUUCGUGGGGCAGGCUCACACGAUUAACUAGACUAAUUAAUACUACGAUGAGAGGUGAGCUUCUAACAGAAUAUCUUACCUAAUCUGUACAUGGUCUUGAGCCGAUGGCAGAGUCUUCCUCAAGGCUUUAGUCUUGAUGUCCAGGACUGACGAGAGAGCUGGUCCUAUGGUAACUGAUUGUUCCUUGCCUCAGUCUUCCUUAUUCUUUCGUCCUGUUCUUUAAAACGCAGUAUGUUCUCUACUAUGUGGUAGAAGGACUGAGAGCCGCAAAAGGAAACUGCCACAAUUUGAUCGUGAGAAGCCCGGUCAAGAUUCCGGGAUGGGAUGUCCUCUGGGCCGUUAAGACGUUGUUAGGAGCAAUGCUCCUACCGCCGACGUAUGCUCUGACGACUUUUCAAAAAAGCUCUCAGUGAGGGCAUACGAAGAGCGUGUGCUUUACGGUGUCUUCCUGAUGCUAGCAGUACAGGUACUCGACAUACACCAUCUACUUCCUGAGAACCGUUAUUUCCCUCAAGUGCUGCCAUCCCCUAUCUGUGAUUUUUUUUUUCUUUCACUAGUGAUCAAAAUAGAAAAUGUAUUAAACCAUAAUACAUAAUUAUUGGACAGCAAUGAUGAACUUUUUUUAUUUGUAAAAAUGUGAACCGGAAUUGUAUUAUCGUUCAUUUCGAACCCUGACUUGAAAACAUUUUAUUAUAAUCAUAAGUUUUUCUAACAAUAAUUUCCAAAGCCUUGCGCUAUAAUAUUCCUUAAUUUUACUUUAAUUUUGAAAUAAAAUUUUAGUGUAUUGUAGCUCCAUAAAUCUAAAAAAAAAUGUUUGCCUGGUGCCGGUAUCGGUGUGGUUAAUUGUUCGGUUUUUCGUAUAAUUUUUAAGUAGUAAAAAUAGAUUUGCAAUUGAUUUGCGAAAUAACCGUAUUGGAUUGAAAUCGAUCAACCAAUUUAGUUGAUUAUUGGGACCAACAUUACUAACAUGUAGUUGAGAAUAAUUUUAAAAAUGUAACUUUUAAAUUAACUUAUUUUCCUGAAAAUACGUAACUAUUACUUAUGUGUAAUUCUUCUAUAUUUUAAAAAUUAUGUUCAUUAUUAACUAAGCUAAGUUUUAUUUAUUUUUAUGAUAUCUUAGCUUAAGUUAGUUUGAAUAUAUUGGUUAACUUGUCCAGCUUUUAAAUGAAUAUCUAUCCGACUGUCAUCGGAUUUUGACUAGUUGAUUCGAUUUCAAGCAUCACCGGGUUUGAUACAGAAAUAUUACUUUUGAACAAAAUGUAAUACGGCGUGUUUUUUAGUAAAAGCAAAUAUUACGUUACUGUCGAAAGUAAAGUGUUAUUGAAUAUCACUUUUUUUUUUUUUUUACUUUUUUUUCGAGUGUGACAGACGGCUUUGUUGGCUGUCACACGUCAGCGGCCGUAUACACGUAUAUACCUAUACCUGAUAUUAUUGUUAUAAUAAUACAAACAACUGUCAUCAAUCAAUAGGACAACCUUUUGAAAUGUCGGUCUUAAUAAGUAUGACAAUUCGAAACUGUGAUAAUAACGACAUAUAGUGAUUGUUCGACAAGAUUUGUGGUUCGCCGAUAAGUGCGAUAUAUUAGUAUUCAAAUCCAACGUCUGGACUAUCGUUUCAAAAAUAUUCAGAAAUAACAAACCAAUUACUGACAAGUAUACGCAAAAGACUAGCGUGUCGACUUGCCGUAUGAAACGAAUAUGCGUUUUGAAAUUUGAACGCGCCGUCAAUUUUAUAGACAACAUAAUAUUGUUAUUAUAAAACAAAACGUAAAAGUCGAUCGGAAUAGUUGGCAAUAAGUCUUGCAUCCGGGAAAACGGUUCACUUAUACCCCUCUCCCCGUUGCGGUAAAAAUACGACAACUAUAAAUAAUUACCGUGCAAUAAUUUCGUAUUUUUGAGUCCGGCUUUGAAGUCGGAGUUUUGUCGUUUGCGCGUCAUUAAUCGUUCAGAAAAUUGUUUGCCUGGUCGUUUGCGCAUUUAUGUGCGUAUCGUAAGGUACGAGUAUCUAACCUAGCAUAUAUAGACGAGAUCGGCGAUACCAACAAUCAAUAUGAGACGGCUGUGGAAUCAUAAGACCGACAUUUUACCCAAUUUUGCAAUAGAUCCAUUUUCGUAAUUGCAGGCUUAGCACGAGUCGCCUACGGGUUAUCGGGACGGUGUGUUAUUUUCCGUGAACAUUGAUUUAUUAAUAACGAAUCUAGUCGGUCUGAGGUAGGCACUAUAUUUUCUUCUAAACGUUUAAAUUAAGUGUUAAUGUAAUUUAUGUUAACCGUGCCUUUGUUUUUUUUUUUCACUCGUCAUAUUCGUUUAUUGUUCGACACUUGUUUCGAACAGAUUGUGGCGCAACAAACAUAAUAGUUAAUGAGUUCAGAAAAUAAAAUAAAAUAUGUAUUAUUAAAAGUGUAUAUUUUAAUUUUUUAAUUUUUCGCGUCGCCGUAUAAAAUAUUCUCGAAAAAUAUUUUAAUAUCUACCAAAACUAUUCGAUUUUCCCGGCAGCGUUUGUUUAAUAUUAUUCACAAAUGAACGUCAGUGAUCAUCAUCAUAUUAUUAUUGUAAAACGACCACAGUUAUUAGUAUCCCGGCAUAAUAGUAGUUGCAUUAUAAUAUUAUGGAGUCUUUAAAUUUUUUAUAGGUACCCAGUAAUAUUAUAAUAUUAUUUAGCCUUGUACGUUUUUUCUAUUGCAGAUUAAAGCGCGAUUGUUUUUAACGAUUAGUUAAUGAUAAUGCAAUCAUUAUUAAAUAUACCGUUUAAUUUCAUUAACAUAGUGUACAUACUUAUAUAAUUCACUAGUGCAGUUAAUUUACAGAUUGAGAUAACCAUAAUAUACAGAGUAUUCCAUUUGAGUGCCUGUACUCAACAUUUCGAAAAGCGUCGACAUUUUACAUAAAAGUGUUGUUUGGUAAUUUAAGAAACUUAUGACGUAUCCACACUAAUAUUAUAACCAGUGGGGCGGUUCACAAGACGAGACGAAUGAAGCGCUGUCUCAUCUAACAUUUUCUUAGACAUUACAAUGCAUACUUUAUUAUAAAUAAUGUCAUCUUUAAAAAUCUUAAAAUUAAUUUCGUUUAAAAUAUUAUAUGUCGUGUUGUAUGUUUUAGCAAUGUAUGCAACUAUGCCAAAUAUUUUUAAAGUCCAAGUAACUAAUUACUGAUAACUGGCGCCUAAAGUCAACCAAUAAUAAUUAAUGAUAUACCAGAACUUCGGUCCAUCUUUCUAAUAGUUUAUAUUUGUCUCCCUGUGUAUAUUAGUAUUAACAAUUUUUUCUUACAUUUUACAUUUUACAUUAUUCGCCUCAUCACUUACAAUUUAUGUAGCCUAUAACCUUUCUCAAUAAACGGGCUGUGUAUCGCAAAAAUUAUUUUUCAAAUUGGACUUCUUAAAUUGAAAUUCCUAAGAUUCCUAAGGCACUUUCUAACACACAACAGAAUAUGAAGUAUUGUAAUAUAUUGUUAUAGAUAUUAUUAUGCCGUAUUCACUUCAUAAAAUCGAUUUUUUAUGAAAAGUAGUUUAUUUCACAAAAAGAUAAGAUCACUUUUUCACACUCCGUGAAAUACAAACAUAUUUGACGAUAUGUUCACUUUUUCAUGAAAUGUUCCCUCGACAUUGACGACAUCGUGUAAUUAUUUUGGUGAUGUGUUUGACCAUUGAAGCAGUGAAAUAAAACAUCAAACUUACCGCAUUUAGUUAUAAUUGUAUUGUAUUUUAGUGUUCACUUUUGAUAAUCCCAAUCAUGCGUGUAGUCAGAAAAUUGGCUUAUCCCGGAGAUACAAUGCAUGGAAAGUUCCUUUCAAAAAAUAAUUAGUUUAAAUUCACGUUUGUUUUGUUAAAAUGAAAUUAAUUCUAAGCUCGUUCUAGGAUUGUAAAAAACAAAUAAUUAUUUUCUCGUUUGCUAAAUAAAAAUCAUUUAUUCGUGUAUUUUUGAUUUAUUAAAUUGUAAUACAUUAUCGAUUCCAUAAACAUUGAUUCAAACUUAUGUGUUAUAAUAAAUUUUGAAAAACGUUUAUGGUUUAGUUAAUAUUACAUAUAAAAUAUUAUUGUAAAAUUAUUGUAAACGCUAUUUUAGAUAAUAUGUGUACUAUAAAUAAACACUUCUAGUAUAUAAUAAUACAAAUUGUUAUUUUUUAUAGGAUGCGCGAGUAUCGCGAGAGCUUUAACCGGACAUAUCGAUAAGCCCCUCGGUUUUCCGAUGAAACGUUUUUUCAAUGAAACGUUUCCGAUGGACAUCCCGUUUAUGGCACCGUAUCCAGAUUUUUUUUCGUUCUCGUCCAUACUGAUGUUAUCCGGUAAGAAUCAUUUUUAGUGCCCACGGGUUUGAUCGGGAUGUUGAGAAAUUAAAAAAAAAAAAAAUCACAAUAUGUCGAUUAAACGCUAAAAAUUACACAUAUUAUGUAUAUAUUUAUAAAAAAACCACUGUUAUAACUGUUUUUAAUUACUUGUUUGUUGUUUAGUAUUGAUUGCUUGGGGAAUGCGUGAAUCGUCUCUGCUUAACAAAAUAUUUACGGUUGUCAACUUGUUGACGGUCGCCAUAGUGAUUGUGACAGGAAUUUUCAAAGGUACGUACAAUAUUAAAUACUGUUAAACACAACAAUAAGGUAGAGUUAAUACUGUAUAGUGUACACGAUAUCUUGAGCAAAUAUACUUACGUAUUUACACACCGGGAAAAUAUUUGUUCAAUUUAUAUCGGGUACGUGUUAUUAUUUAUAUAAAACAAAUGUUGAACAAAAUGGUAGGUGCGUCCAUUCGUUCGGGUCGUUGUAGAAUGACCAUAAUUUUUGAUAUUAUUUAUAUACUAUUAUUUGUGGCCACGAUAUUAUUACAGUCGACUUCAAGAACUGGAACAUACCGAAAAACGAAUUACCCCAGAACGGCAAGGGCGGAGAGGGAGGAUUUUUACCAUUCGGGUGGUCCGGAGUGUUUGUUGGAGCAGCCACUUGCUUUUAUGGAUUCGUCGGAUUUGAUGCCGUAGCCACUACAGGUAAACACUGAUUUAAUUUUCUUCUCUCUCGAAUAUUUUCCCAUCUAAUAGGUGUCGAUCACCUUGGUCGUAACUGUCCACGAAACCGUAGUAGUCCUUGAAUUAUUUUCAAUUUUGUCUAAUUAUGGGGCGUGGUAAUCUUCCAUAACGGUUUUUGGUCUUUCCCUUUAUUUCCUUCCAUUCAUACUAACUUGUAAAACUAUUCUUUGCCCAACACUAUCAUACAACAUCGACGGUCUCAUACUUGCAGUUUUGUAUAUUUUACCUUUCAGUCGAAUUCGAAUCCUCUGAUUGCAUUACAGUACACUCGAUUACACUUGGUUCAAUCACGGUUAAUCUUAUAUUUCAAACGCUCCUCAAUCACCGUUCUUUGGUAAAAGAGAUUUUAAAUAUGCUAGUGCAAAAUCCUGGUGCUCCCCUCCUCCUCAACCUGAAAUCAUCUGUUCCUUCACACAUAGAUACUGUCUUAACACCCGUACUCGAUCCUUUAACACACAUAAUAACGACAUUUUCUAUUAAACCAAAACUCAGUUAAAGAACUCUUGUUUUAAUUAACACACGCAUUGUUACCUCUCUUGAGAUUCAAUUCCUUCCUUAAAAUCUAUAAAUACCGUACAUGGGUAAAUAAAUUCAAUAGGUGGUACAUAACAAAAUCCAUCCAUUAAAACUCGUAAAACUCGUAUUAAUAUCGUAUAGGUAAAUAAACGGGAAAUUAUUAUUAUCAUUACAUAUGUAUAUUUUUGUUUGCGUGCAAUUAUUAUUCAAGGUGAAGAAGCUAAAAGACCAACGAAAGACAUACCAUUGGCAAUAGUUUUAUCGUUAGCCAUCAUCACGUCGUCGUAUUGCGGCAUAGCCAUCGUACUGACGCUCAUGUGGCCGUACUAUGACCAGGUAAAAAACUCUAGUUCAUUAUAUUACAUAUUCGAAAUAAUAACAAUGUAUACUUAAAACAAAACAUCAUAAUAAUAAAAUGUACCUAAUGCCGUGCGUACAUUAUACAUGAUGUCCCAAAUUCGUUUACAAUUUAUCGUAGGUGUAUAAUAUACGUGUGUAUUUGAAAUCCGAUAUAAUAGUGCGGUACGUCUUUGCGUCGAAACAAUUUCUGUGUUUUUGACGUCCGGCCACUGAAUAAUAGCCAGUGACCUCCGAAAUGGCCGACCUUAAAAUGCAUUAUUUUCGGAAUUUUAUUUUUGAAAUAUAUUAUUCACCUAGCUACAAUAAGUAUAGUGAUAUAUUUCUUCCGCGUUUACCUAAUUUUGAUUUAUGGAACAUAAUAUUGUCACGUGAUGGUGUUGUAAUUUCAGGGAACGCGUUCGACGAUUUUGGACUUAUAAAAUAUCUUUAAUUUUAUGUCCAUGUUAAAAAAAAAUGUAAAUUAUAAACAUAUCUUUUUUUCAAUGCAAAUGUAGUUUUUUUAAUUUUAAGUCACUUUUUAUUUUCAGUUUUGAUUUAAUACUUUGGUGGGCCGAUUAAUAAAUUAUCGCGGGUCGGAUUUGACCCGUGGGCCGUAGUUGAUCACCACUGGUGUACCUACACGGAAUGACAGUAUACUAGUUAUUUUCACGUAUGAAAUAUUUUACUUUAAAAUAAGUAUACUGAUAUUUUAUUCAUGCACAUUUCACCAAUAUCCAUGUUGUGAUGGUCAAAUAUAUUUAUACACCCGCACAAAAAUGCAUGCAACUGGAUCGUUGCCAAAAUCCAUAAUAAUAAUAAUAAAAAUAUGGUUUUGAAUUGACUUCUUGCGGCAUUAUGAAAUACCACAAUCAUUGGUCCCAAGAAGAAAAUACUAAGUCAUUUGUCGUAUUUUGUAUAUUAUUGUCCAUAUUUUUGAUAAUUUUUCCCAUUUUAAUUUUAAACGUUUAAAUCGUUAAAAUAUUUUUAAAAAAAUUACUUAUACCUUUCUUCCUUGGGGCCAAAGAAAAUAUUUUUUCUUAUGGCAGUGAGUAAUAUAUUGGAUUUACAACGAUACGUGUGUGUUAUUUUUUCAGUCUAUAAACUAGAAAUCUCGCUUCGGAAGUAUAACGUCUUUUUUUAAAUUCAAUUUUGAAUGGUUUGUGUUAUAAAGGAGAUUGCUGUUUUCUUAAUAACUGGGGAAAACGUAGGGAAAAAGGGAAAGUGUACACAAUAAUGAUUUAUGCAUUUUUUUUAUUUUUUUUAAAUUUGGUUAAAAAUAAUUUUAAAGACCUGCAAUGUCCCACAGAAUACUUGCUUAUAUUAGCGUUUUCUAGGCGUAGUAAAAAUGUUCAAAAUAUUCUGGCGAUAUUUUUAGCUCUUUAUAGGCACUUUGGUUUUUAUUUAGUUUUGCGUAGAUAAAAUGGUUUUGGCAUAGCAGAGAUGUUUCAAAACAACACGAGUUUCAUCUAUAUGUUGCAAAUGGUAGUAAAAAAGAAAAAAAAACAAUCCUAAUAAUCACGGCAUUUUAUGUUUAACCGAAUUUUGUUCAAAAUCGUUUUCCGUUAGCAAUUAUUAUUUUUCGUUAUGUACAGACAUAAAUUUAAUACACGUAUGUAUCUCAAUUUCCCAACACCCCCACCUAAAAACGUGGCGCACGCAUCAACAGUGUCAGCUCUGUUUUUUUGAAACAAGUGCAAUUGCCAAUACCGAAAGUUCGAUAAACGUAUUCGUAAUCGGAAUAUUAUUAAUCAGAAAUAUUUAUAUUAAAAAUACGAGAACCGAUUAUGAUUGGCAUAGUUUGCAUUUAGAUAAUAUCAGUCCAUAUAAUAAUUAUAACACUUUAACCUACUUCUAGCCGUAAGAUGCGGUUGACUGUUGAAUUGGCCGGCUAUGUGUUGUAGUGUAAAAUAUGUGUUCACUACCGUCAGGUUGUAUCAGAUUUUUUUGAUUUUUAAAUUUAAAACAAGUUUCAUAACAAAAAUUAAAAAAAAAAUGUUCUUUAUAAAUAGUAACGCGAUACUAAAAAAAAAAAAAAAUCGGAUUAAAAUACGAUUCCCUAGAAGUUUUAUACGCAUCAGUUGAAAACACUGACGACGCCGCUAUAAUAAUAAUCAUAAUAAUAAUAUUACGCAAACAGCAAGGAAUUCUAUUAAAACGUCCGUUUCGAAUAAUCGAUCGGAACGUCAUUUAUUUUUGGGUAUAGCUUCUGGUUUUUAUAGUAGCUUUUGGUUGAUUUUUUAAUCUCGAUAACUACAGCGAUUUUCUCGGAAAAAUUUUAAUAAUAUGUUUUUUUUUUCUAUCCAUAUUUUAAGCAUGAUUUUAUCACUGUUUUCAAAUAUUUACUCCCACUACUUAUUAGACCUCGAAUAAAAGUAAACAUUAUAUUUUAAAAUUGUCCACCUUUCUUAAACACAAAUUCGAAUAGAGUAUAUUUUUCUAAUAGUGUUUAUGACAUGAACCGAACAUUAACAAUAUUAGUAAUAUUAUCAUAGGAUAUUUACUGGUUAUGAGUUGUACCUAGAAACGGGCUUGUUCCUGAAAACUAUCAGUACAUACCAGUUCUUAUCCGGUUUUAAAAAAUUCUUCUUUUAGAUUCCGAGCGUAGUGAGGGAGCUAUUGGUCUUACUAAGAUGUUUAUUUUUUUCUUUCUUUCUUUCAUUGUUCUGGCCUGUGGACACGUUUUAUCUUAGUUAAAUUGCUCCGAUUUUUACGUGUAACAACUUUUCUAAAAACUCAAGUUGUCUAGAUGGUAUUUUAAAAUUGUUUAUUUUGAUUUUUGACGCCAUUUUUCAAAUAAAAGCGCCUAAAGGAAAAAACGGGGAUAAAUGUAGGUAAACGAACAAUUACACAGAUUUCACUAUUUUAAAAAAACACGGACGACGUUUUCUACCAGACAAAAUGAUUUUCAAAAUUCAAUCGAAAAAUCACAGGAUACCUUUUUGAUUUAAUUUCUUACGGUAUCAUCGCCAAAACUUUUGAGCCACUUAUAAGGAAUUUUAAUUUUUGGGAGUUUUUUUGUUGUAAUUCAGUUAUAAAUACACGUAAAGACUUGAAACUUAGUAAUAAUAUUUACAUUGAACUUAUACCUAGACGUGGUAAAAUUUCCAAAACCAUCGGGUGACUUUUUUUAAUAAGCGUUUUGAAAUCAAAUUUAAACGAAAAUCACAAAAAAAAAAAAAUUUGGCGUUUCAAAUUAUAUAUUACUCAACUGCACUUGGAAUCGUCUUUCAUCAAGCAGUGGUUUAUCGUUGCUUACAUAUAUAAAUGAAAUAACCUUAUGUAUACUAGCUUCCCAACUUCUCAUAUACUACAGUGGCCGCUCCCAUCCUCCGGUAUCAGCUCUUUUUUCUUAUUGUGGAAGUUAUAAAAGAUCAAUUACAGUAUGGGAUUUAUCAGAUUCUUUAAUCGGAAUCUAAAAUUAAUAUGAUAAAGACACAAAAAACGCGUUUCGCAAUUAAUACGAUAAUACAAAUCCGUUCUAUUGAUUAUCUGCAGUUAUAAGUAUUAUCGCAGUAAUACCGCGUCAUUCCGUGAAAAACGAUAUUUUUUUAAUGAAAUAAAUGAUUAAAACCAGCGUAAGUACACACAAAAAAAAAAAAAAAUAUAUAUGUAUUUAAGAACCGGAACUGAUAAAUAUUCAUGUUUGAACCGACAAUUAUCGGUUUCUUAAAAAUAGAGUUUUAUCAGUUGUUUUUUUUCUCGUGUUGCCCAGGUAAUCCAGAUAUUAACGAAAAUUGAACAAUAAUGAUCCGAUUUUUCCCCAUUUAUUAAGAAAACUAUAAUGGAAAUCAAAAUAUAAUGUCCACCAUUUAGAUUAAAAAUGUCGCAAGAAAGUUUUCAAUUGGAACAGGACGAAUGGCAUUCUAUUUUUUGGUUUGUAUCGGAAAAAUCUCGUCGCUUUUAAAAUGAUUACAAAAUACAAAUUACAAUAAUGCGCUGUUUGUACCUGUUCUAAAAAUUUCUAGUAAUCGUUUAUUAUUAAAUAUUUAAUUUUGGACGCAUUAUUAUUCGCAGACUAACCACCAGGAGAGUUAAAAAAAAAAAAAAUUAUAAUAAUGAAAAAUUCUCUUCGCGCGUAUGCGUCGAUUCGGUUUUAUACACGCUUAUUGGAUCUCAAAUAAAAAUACCUACUGGUUUUGUCUCUCGGCGAUUGUAUCGUUUUUAUUUACAAUAUAAAUAACCGAAAUGUCCUUGAGCCGAAAUAAAACCAAAUGCUUAGUCUACUGGAAACGCGUGUCUCCCGAAUAAAAAUGUUUGUGUCGUAUAAUUACAUCUUUUACAUUAUAGCUUUAUAACUAAAAAACAGCCAAAAUAAAACCGAUCAAAGCAUCAGCACCGCGAGUCCCGUCGACUACGUUUAUCCUCCGGGAGAGUUUAUUUUGUGGCGAUACCAGCUUUAGCGAUGUCGCGGAUGAUACAAAAUUCUAUUUUUAUUAAAACAAACUCUAUAUAGAAUGAUCCAUUAUUGUAACGAACCAGAGAUUUUUUUCGGAGGGUUUUAAGUGCAAUUGAUUUCUGUUUUUUUUUUCCAAUCAUUUGAGGACCGUUAUAUCUUUAUUCUAACACUGUUUCAAUUUGCGACCCUAUUGCUAGUGUUAGAACUGAAAAAAUUUAAAAAAAAUUUCACACUUGAAUCGAAUGAAAAAUUGUCUUCUGAUUUUGUCCGUAUAAGAGGAUCAAAUAUCUUUUCGUUUUAAAUCUGUUUGAACAUAGACAUAUUUUUUUUCUAGCUGUGAAUAAAUUUUUACCAGAAAUCUUGCUCCAAAGUAUCAAAUAUAGUAGCACCUUUUUUGAAAGAAAAUUUUCUUUUGAUGAUGCGUUGGGAAGAUAAUUUUUGAUAUUCUAAGGGUUUUUAAACAACUAUUGAAUAACAUAAUUAUUAAACAAAAAGUAAUUGUUGUCUAGUUUGUAAAUAAGAAAGUCGUUGUUUGGUUUUCUGUACAUAGAAUUCCUAGUAAUAUCGUAAUAUAAUCAUUACGAAAAAAACGUAAGAAAUAUAGCAAAGGGUAAGGCAUUUGGGUUUUAUUGAUGAUAUUUAGUUUAAAAUUAUUGUAGAGACCUUUCGUUUUUAUAAAACACUUAUAUAGUUAGCAUUUUGUAGACAUGGUAAAAUUUUCAAAAUGUUCUAAUUAUUUUUAGGCUAUUUAUAGGUGUUUGAUAUUUUUGUGUUUUUACGUGUUUUUAUUUAAUAGGUAUCUGUUAUUAAAAUGAUAUGACUUAUGAAAACUGCUUGAAAAUUGAACACAUUAGGUUCAUUAUAAAUUGUACUUAGUGGUCUAAAAAACAAAUUUGAGUUGAGUGCAUUAGUUUUUUUUUGUUUAAAAAAAGUAUUUUAAGAUCAAAUUUUGUUAAAAAUUUGACAGAAGUAUAAUUAUUAUAGUAUAUAUUAGAAUUUUAAUAUCAUAUUUUAACUAUUUUAUCAUACUAUAAAAAUAUUAGGACUUUCACAACAUUUUCAUAACAAAAAUAUUUACAACUCAUAUUCGCUCCGAAUUGUUUUUCGUUUGCAAUAAUUAAUCGGUAUUGGUUGCGUACAGAUGUAAAUUAAAUACAUUUUUGUAACCUAUCUACCUGACUUUACAUCUUUAACAAGUGGCACAUCCAUCAGUAGUAUCAGCUCAUUUUAAAUUCUGAGUGGAGUGAAUAAGCUUAUGGUUUUACAACGGUUUUUAUUAUUUUACCUGUGUGCAACUUUUCUACCAGAAGACUUACUCAGAUUUCUACGUGUAGCAUUUUUUCUGAAAGAAAAUCGGUGUAGGAUUUUCUUGAGAGUUUUGUUGUCAAAUUUGAUAAACCGAAAAAAAACGGGAAAAUAUGGGAAUUGUAGGUAUUAAUUAAAAUAUAUUACGGCAUUCUUUUUUUCUGUGAACAACUUUUCAAACAGAAAUUUCGCUCCAACUUUUAAUGAUAGCGAUGUUUCUAAAAAUAAAUUUCCCUAGGGAGAUACUUUAGAGAGGUCAUUUUUUAAUUUUCUCAGAUGUUUUCCAGGCUAAUGAGAAAAACCAAGAUAAAAUAUAGGAAAACCUGGAAAAACUUAGGAAAAUUGGGAAAAUCUGUAUAAUAUUAAACAAAUAUUAUUAAAGAAAAUGUAUAAAGCCUUUUUAAUUGUUUAACUAUCAAAUAACAUAUUUAUUGUUGACAAAGCAUCACUAUAUCAAUUGAACUCUGCUCAGAAUGAUUUUUUCGUAAGCAACAAUAAACCGUUACUUAUACCGUUACAGAUAUACACUAAAUUCCCAUCUGUAUCUUAUCUUCUCAACUUUUCACCUACACCAGUGGCUUUACCCGUCUCCAUUAUCUUUUUUUAAUUUUCUAUGCAAUGAACGUUUUCAUAAUAUAUAGAUAUUUACUCAAACAUUAAAAAAAUUACAAUUAGCUUUUUGCAAACACAAAGUUUAUAUUUACUAUUAAAGUAUUUAAAGUAAGUAGGUACUCACUAAAUAUUAUGAAUUACUGCACUGUACAAUCGCUACAUGAAAUAUGAUAUCCAAUUAUUCACAUUUAAUUUUUAAAAGUGGUUUCAAAAUUUCAAUUAGGCACGAAAUGUAGAAGCCACACAAACCGUCACCGAAUUCGUUUGUUUUUUAUAUAUAUAUAUAUACUAUAUAGAAUGUAUUAAAAAGUAUAAAGUAUAUUACGUUUUAUGAAAAUGUUUUCUUUACAAUGUUUAAAUCGUGUGAUUUAAAUUUAAAUGUAAUUAUUUAUCCCAAUAUGAAUUCGUAUGUAUUCUUUUAUUAUUAUUAUUCGUGUUCGGGUAAUAUUGGAUACUACCCAUUUGAAAUGUACGCAUACAAUUCGAAAGAAACCUCACUUUUUGACUAUUUUUUAUUAUUAAGUGGGCGUACUAUAAUAUGUGUAAUGUGUAUAUAGGUAGGUAGGUUGGUAGGUAGAUAUACCGGAAUAUAUACGGAACGUUUGCAUUAUUUAUAUUUUUAAAAACGUAAAUCAAUAUAUUUACUUUAAAUUAAAAAUAAAACAUUAGAUAUUGUACAAAAAAAAAAAAAAAAAAUACGUAGAUUCCUGUACGUAUUAUAUUAUUAUAAUUACGUGUGUGCUAAAACCAUCUACACAAUAUAUGUAUACAAUCUAUUCGAUACCAUUGUGUCUAUAAUAUGCGCGUUGCGUGAUAAUAUUCUCAUAAAACCAAUGUAUAAUACUAUAAUACCAUUGUGUAUCCGUUGUUGUCCGUUCUAUUUUAUUUCAAAAACAUAAUAAUUGGUACGAUUAUUUAAUGCAAAUUGUACGUAUCAUGGUUGACGUGAAAAAACCUCCUACGUGCUAAAUGUUCGAUUUUUGAGGUUUUAGUGUACCUAGAUUCAGAAAAAAAUAAGCUAUCUUAUAGCUAUUAUAUCUCCUAUGUGCUAUAUCUUUAUGAAAGAAUAUCGAUAAAAAAUAAAAAACAAAACCUCUCAUGUGUCCCCUACUAUAAUCGUUUGUCGAAUGCGUCGUAUGUGAUUAUAAAUGCCCUAUAUAUGUUCAUCAAUCUUCAUUUGACGUUGAAAAACCUCCUAUGUGAUUUUCGGAAACAAUUUUAACUGACAAAACCUCUUGUUUGAUGAAAUAUUGAUAAUUUAUACAAUAUAAUAAUAGUAUCCAUAUUAAUUAAGUUUUUUACCUGCUUCAAUUUUUUUUCAAAAUAAAUAUUUCUAUGGUUUAACAGUUUAAAAAUGUAUUUUGUCAAUCAUUGACAAUUCUUGAUUUAUUAUAAAGUUUUUCGUGUCUUCUGAAAAAUCAAGUUUUAGGACAUAGAUUUUUUCACGUCAACGACGAUAUGCGAAUGCAAUGAAUACACUCAAGUCGUGAGUAUGCCUAUGCAUAAAUAUCGUUGUAUACUAUUUUUAUGAUACAAUUACGACUUGCGAGUUGUUAAAACAAAAGCAUUUUUCAGGCAGUGAGAGAAUAUUAUACUCCAGUACUGUUAAAGCAAGAGAAUGCGAUGAUGUUUCGUUAGGUAUUCCAUUCCCAAAACCAAGGCUGCCGGGCAUAUUAACGCGUUAAAAUCUAAAAUAAAAUUCAAAAGUUAAGUUAAUAUUAAUACAAUUAAUUAACGAGUUAAUUGUUUACAUAAUUAACUUUUAACUUGAGAAGUUGUUUUAUAUGCAUGCGCUUAACGUCUUAAUGUCUUAACGUCACUUCAAGUGACUUGUUUAUUUGAAGUUAAGUUAAAUGUUGAUCGGAAGCAAUAAUUUCCAUAAUAAUUCUAUAUUUUAUUUUUUAUUUUAUUUUUUUUUUUGUUGUUUCAACACUAUAAAUUUUGCGAAUGAUAAUUUAUUAAAAAACCAAAUGUAAAUUUUCGAAUGUAUAAACCACAAAUAAAACUAACAAGUCCGAAUUAAAUAGUGGAGAAGGGAGGCAGGUGGGCGAUAAGACCUCAGUUUUCACCCACACUUAUUUUUUAUCUAAGUAUUCAAUCACAUUAACUUUGUAUUUUUAGAUUGAGUUACUUUUAAUAUUUGUUCGUUACUCGAUAGCGAUUAAUUUUAUAGCGGAAAUUACUAUAAAACAUUUUUCGAUACAAAUGUGUUUAUUUAGAAGAUACUUGUAUGUUUUGAAUCGAGAUCUAUUAUCUUUGCGUUAUACGUAUUGUUUUUAUUUUAUUAAAACCUAUUGUCGUAUUGUGUAGUAAUUACAUUUUUUUGUAUUAUUAUUAUUCUUUUUUGAGUACCUAUCGUUGAAAAAUUUAGCUCCCCGGGCCUUUAAAUAUUUCGAUCUUGCUUGAAGAUCAAUUUUGGUUUUACGCAUGACUAUACACAGAUAAAGCUUACAGUAUAAUAUUAUUAUAUUAUUCUUAUUAUGCCUCGAGCUCUUUUCGACUAUCUAUUUGCCAUUGUUAAUAUCGCCUAUAUUCGAUUUGUUUAUCGUAAAAACUUUUAGGUAUACACCUGCUAUUAUUAAAAAAAAAAAUCACUUGGGUAAACGUUUUAAAAGUAUUCAAAUUAAAAAAAUUAAAUUUUUUGAAAUUUUUCAGAAACACAAUCCAUGUUUUUAAAAAAACAAAAAAACCAAAAUCUAAGGUUAAGUUCCGACUUAAGAAAAAAUUCUUUAGAUAUGCUGAUUGGUAUAACAUACAAUAUUAUAUUUUUACAUUUAUUUAAACGGUAUAAAGUUUAUUUGACCAUAAUAAUAUAAACUAUUUAAAUUAAAGUUCAAAUAUUUAUUGUGUUGUCAACAUAUGUUCAACAGCAGCACUUUUGAGCAGAAGUGUGUUAAAUGAUUUUCACUAUUGAUGAAUAACCAAUUCAAUCUAUUUUAUAAUUAAACUAAUGUUUACUCUGAAUGUGCAAUGCUUACUUUAUUAAUCUAUUAUCAUUUAAAAAUAUUAAUAAAUUAAAAUUUAGGUACUUUUGUUUGUGGCAAGUCAAAUAUGUUGUGUUUUGAGUUUAACGGAGAAUGUUUAAAAUUUUAAUGCUAUGAAGUGCUUAAAAGCUAUAAUUAACAAUUGCCAAUUUUGUCUAGUCAUUGCAUUGGGAAGGUAACAGGGGUAGAUCCAAUAUACCUUAAACCGAUUUUCGCUCAGAAUCGUUUUUUGCUAUCACUGAUUUUUUAUUGCAAACAGACAUAAAUUAUAAUUACUACCUUAUUAAUUGUAAUUUGCCAACUUCACACCUACAACAAUGAUACUAUAGAUGCAAAUAGCAGGUUAAGCAAAUAGGUUUUAAAUAUUAAUUAAUAUUUAUGAAGUAUACUAAAUGUUUACUUGAUUUGGAAGGCUUGGACUGAGUCCCCCCAAGCCUCGCUCUAUUUAUGUCUAUGCGUGGCAUACCUGUAUUUGUCCGUGUUUUUUUUUUUUUUUUUUAACAAAGUUAACAUUAUUUGUAUUUCUUCAUAAUAUUACAGGAUCCGGAAGCUCCAUUUCCACACAUUUACAAUAAGUUGAAUUGGUAUGGACUCGAAUGGGUUGUCACGGUAGGAGCUGUAUUCGCACUUUUCACAAAGUAUGUAUACCCGUUUACAAUAAUAAUAGAAAUAAAUCAAAAAGCAUUUUUUGUUAUACCGUUUAAGUGUGUUAUACAGAGUAAUUUUUUUUAGUAUGCUCACCCCAUUUUUAUGGUUAACUUAUGCAUAUAUUCAAAUCUGAUUCUUUAAAUUUUAAAUAACGUCGAAAAACCAUAUAUUCACAAACAUAGAUUUUACACAACGUUUAAGGAAUAUCCUGUGACUGUAUCCAUUGGUUUUUCAAAUAAAAAGCUACACGUUUUAAUGCAGAUUGUCAAUUGGAUAGGUUUUCUUUAAUGUUCAUUGAUUUUCGAACGAAAAGUUUCCGAGAUAUUCUGAUAAAUACUAUGGUAUAAUGUAUAGCUUUUUACGGUUAUUGAAUACAGAUCAUUUCAUAGGAGUCGUUUUUAGGCAACUUCUUGAUUAGAAUUAUGUAGUUAUUGAUUUUGUAGUAUUAUAUUAAUAUUUAAUUAUAGGAUAGCUCAGCAACUUUUUGUUUAAAUUUCGUUUACGAUACGUCAAUAUUUUCAGAAAAAUCAUCAAUUGACAAUUUAAAUUAAAACAUAUAGGUUCUUAUUUUAAAACCCAAUGUUGGUAUUGUCACAAGAUACUACUUAAAUAUUGUGCAAAAUCUAAGUAUACCUAUUCGAAAAAUACGCUUUUGCUAUUUAUAUAAAUUCCAUAAAACAGAAUUUGAAUUUAUGCAAAUUUAACCAUUACAAUAGCAAACAUGCUAUUAAAAUAAUUACCUUGUAUAUUUAUAGAUUUAAAAUUAUUACUUAUAUUGUUUUCACAUAACAUAGCCCGAUUGCGUGGGAGAGCCGGCCAUGGCAUUAUUUGACAUUCAAAAAGUGCAGAUGGUCGUUGCUCGUUAACUGCUCGUGUCCAUUCGACACGAUCGCACAUUUUAUGCACUGUUCCCAAUAAUAAUUUUUUUUCUCCUAUUCCUCCAUCUUCUUCCCCUUGCCCUCAAAACUCUUCGAGAGUCUUUACCGCCAUCGAUUCCUCUAUUCUGGACGGUUUCCAUCGUUCAAUCUCCCACACCUAUAGGCUAUAUCACACUUAAAUCUAUAUUACGAGUAACUAUCUCGUCAACCCUAAGCCUCCUUAGGCUUCUAUAAGCUGGCUAAUACACCAAAAUUGCCUUCACGACCGUCGCUUUAUUUCUUUGGAUAUUAUGUCCGAACCAUUAAAUGGUCGUCUCUUUAUAAUAUACAAUUGGUCACCUUAAUAACUUUCGUAAUUUCACAAAUUUAAGCGUUCGUUUUUCCACGCUUCUUUUAUGUUUCAAGUUUCAACACUCUGUUUCAUUAUAACAGUAAAACGUUAUUUGUUACCUGAAUUAUACAUAUUAUCUCAAUAUUUUAUUUGCAAAGGAAAGUGAUUUCUUCUCUAUUGAUAUAAUAAUAUUGUGUUUUUAUCGUCCCCAAAUCGUAUCCGCACGGGAACGUACAUUUAACUAAAAUGUAUUCUUAACUUGACUUUGAUAUUAUAAAAAGAACCACCUCCACACACCCUUUCGUCGUUUCGGAACUUAUUUGAUUCAUUUAUUCGAUUUUUUUUUCUUCUUUUUUGUCAAGUUUUUCUACAAAUGGAAAUUAUAACACUGUAAUUCAUCUGUUAUAUUACAUAUACCUUUUCCUCACUAAUUUUCAAUACUUUUAACUGCUCCCUCAGGAACAAAUGAGCUCAAACUCGUGAACUAGAGUUAUUUAUAAUCAAAUUAAAAUGAUACAGUUUUGGUUGAAAUUAAUUUCACCAUGUUUUUGCUGGAGGAGGGUAUUUUAUUUAGUUUUGUACUCCCCUGCCUCUCUAAAUGAAGCUAAAGGCAUGUAAUUUUAUUUAUGCUCGAUGUAUGUAUUAAACAUGUGCCUUUUUUGGUUUCAACCCCCAACCAUUUGUAUGAUCAAAUUACAUGUUUUUACAAAAAAUAUAAAAUAAAACUCCGAUAACCAUAACUAUUUUAGAUCAAUUAUAUAUAGAAAUAAAUGAAAUAUUGUAACCUUGACUUAGGAAAAAAUUUGAAACUCUAGUGACGGGUAACUCACGAGUGGUUUUUUUUUUAACAAUAAAAAUCAAUCUAAUUCUUGAACUAUGCAUAACCAUUUACAUUUAAACUCGUGAUAAUACGUGAUGAUUGUAUUUAUUUUUAUUUUUUUUUCAGUAUGAUUGGUACUUUGUUUCCGUUACCCAGAAUAUUGUACUCUAUGGCUUCUGACGGACUGUUGUUUGAAAUUUUCUCUAAAGUAGAUUCAAAAACUAAAACACCGUUUUGGGGAACGUUGAUCUGCGGAGCUUUUGCUGGUAAGAACGAGUAAAAAGAACAAUGUGGGUUUUUACUCAUGUAAGAGUUGAGACUGGUGAUUGUGCAAAAAUAAUGAUAGGAUUUUGACUAAAAUAGAAAUAACUAAUAAUGCAGUAUUAUAGGAGAAAAACCAAAACGUUAACUUUAUUAUUAUUUUUUAAAUGCCUUUAUUAAACAUAAGUAUACUAUAAAUAAUGAGUUAGCGGGUGUUAUGUUUUUUUUGCUCAAAAACUUGCUUUACAGAAAAAAAAAAAUUCUUAAAAUUUUAACGGACAAAUAGAGUGAACAGAUUUCGUUCAAAUUUUAUUUAUUUUUUUUUUAUCGAGAAUAAAUAAUUUGAAAAGAAUUCUUAUAUAGCGCUUAGCCUUGGAUUUUGAUCUUUCUCAACACCAUGUAAUUUUAUUUUCAAUACUUCUAAUUUUUACCAUUUUUUCAAAUAAUUUUAUUAUAUUUUUUGUAAUAUUUUUGGUUUCAUAAUCAAAAAUCUAAGCCCAAUAGGAAAACAAGUUUUUCCUGUAAAUCGUGUUUCGAGCAAAAAAAAAAAAUAAUAAUAACGUUUGCAGGCCCAUAUUGAUAUGAAAAUUAAAACCGAUGAAAUAAAUUGUUAAAAAUUGAUAAUACCUGUUAAAUGUAAAUUCGUGAAACCAUAAGCAAGAUCCCUGAAAAUACAUAAUAAUAUUAUCGUUCAUUAAACAUAAUUAUUGCGAAUAAAAUUAAUGUCGCUUGAAAUAUUUUUAAACAUCGUGUAAAUUUGCAAUUGUCAAUUCUCUCAGAAGAGGACCCAGAGAGAGCGUAAUCAAAUUCGUAGCGCAUGAAAAAUGAAUAACAUUUUAAAGAAAAGAUUUUCUUAUUAAGAACAUAAAAUUCGCUCCGUUGAUAUUUGUUAACAAUUUUUUUUUUUUCUUACGGUGAUGAAGCUCAGACGGUUGAUAAUUUGUUCUUUUCUAAUUCUUCGUUAACAGCUGUCCUGUCCAGUCUGUUCAAUCUACAACAACUAAUGGACAUGAUGUCGAUCGGCACUUUAAUGGCAUACUCCCUGGUGUGCAUAUGUGUAAUGAUAUUGCGGUACACGAACGAUGGCACCGAACAAUCGACGGUCAACGAAAGCGACCGGGGCGGCUUUUGUAUCAUGCAGCUCAUUUCGUCCAGCUUUAAUCUCUCUAACUCUCGGGUAACGAACAAACGGACCGCACGGCUGUCGACCAUAAUAAUUAUAAUUUACGGUAAGUACUUGUGUUUAUAGCAAAGCUACAUCGCCAAGAGCGUGUUCAGUUUAUCGAGUUUCACGUUACAGUAAAAUUAUCCACGGAAUAUUUAAUUGGUUUUUUUUUCUACACAAAUAUUUAAAUCGAACGUCGUCUAUUUAUGGAAUUUUUAACAUAAGCCAUUGCUAUUUGAAAGUAGAUAAUUGUUUUGUUCCCGAAAACAAGAGUUACUAAAGUAAGGACAAUAUAACGUUUCAGAAUAAUAUGUGAGAUUCGUUAUUACGUUAUUACAAAAGUCAUUUUUUGAAAAAAAAAAAAAAACAAAUAUUUCAUGGAAAAUUUAACUGUAAUAUGGAAUUUUCGAGAAACCCUGUUGUAAUUAAUAGUAAUAUUAUUUAUUUCGUUUCAGUGGUGGUGUCAAUAUGUUUCUGCUGGACCAUGUCUAAGGCCCAAAUCAACGGACAAUUGAACGCAAUCACUGGUACCGCAUUAGGAGUGUUCGGCUUUUGCUUGGUGGUGUUAUGCGUCUCAUUGUUCCGUCAACCUCAGUCUUCCAAACGUCCGCUAUUCGUCGUAAUUAUCUCAUUAUUUAUCUUUUCAAAAACGAAACGGGGUUCUCAUCGAACUCGGUCCGACGACAGAUCCGUAAUUUUCGAAUCUGUCGUAUAUAUUUUCGGUUAGCACCGAGUUCUUCGUAAAAAUCGCUCGACUAUCCUAUCGAUACCGACUGAAAUCACUGGAAAACAAUAUACAGUUAUGCUAACAAUGACGCGAUUGAUAAGUGUUAACUGUUAAGUGAUAUGAAAAUUCAAUAACCAUUAUUAUUAUUAUUCAAUUAUCACGGCGUCCAGAAUGAACACUAAUAAAAUUCAAAUUAGAUAUAAUUCAUAUUCAAAAAGCCGCUUCAAAAAACAAAUCAUCUCAUUACUCUAAGAAUAUAACACACAUGGAAAGGUUAUUUAAUUUCGAAUGUCGGCGGAGUCUCCGUUAUAAAAUAAAUUGUACGAGCACAACCGCGUUAGCUCUGGGUACACUACACUACCUAUUUUAUAAAUCUGUCCCGAACAGUACGUUAGUAAAUCGGAAGUCGAUGACUUGAAUUUUACGAUUCGAAAUAGCGCAUACACCAUAAUGAAGCCUAACACUGAAAAAUAUUGUUGAAGAUCUAAUGCCUAAACAAAAAUUGUAUUAAAAUAUAUUGACGAAUAUAAUUAAUGUCAAAAAGUUUGAAUUUAAAAUAGCCAUGUAAAAAUAAGUAAUUAAUGCAAUACGAGAAUAUAAUAUAAUAUUAGAAUAUUGAACAUCAAUUUUGUACGUAGAGUGUAGAGUGUAGUGUACCUAUUAAAUUGCAAAUGAGAUGUAAAGUGAUAAAUGUUUGUUUGAACCGUUAUCAUUUUUUUGAUAUCAGCAGAUUAUUUCUUCCUAUAUUUUUCUGUUUAUAUAUUUUUUAGCGAAAUACCGGUCCUGAGAAAUAGGUUUCCGAUUUUUAUUAUUCGCAGUUUAAUUGUUCACAGCAGAAUAUUUUUCUUGAAGAAUAUUGUUCCAUAAAAUAAUCAUUCCGUGGUAAUGUUGUUAAAAAUUAUUUCACAGCCCCGCGUUAUUAUCACACGAUAACCAUAUCGCUUCCUUUUGUUCUAUCGAACAACGUCUAAUUUAUUCUGCUAGUCAGUGGCGUACUUAGAAUUUCUCCAAGGAGGGGAUAUAUUAAAUAAUAGAUAUAAAAAUUCAUUAAUAAACAAAAACCAUUGGACUAUGCCUAUAAUACUUGACGUUUCGUUUCAGGUCCCCUGGGUGCCGUUCGUGCCCUGUCUCAGCGUCGUUCUCAACAUCUAUCUCAUGACUCUAUUGGAUUCGGCCACUUGGGUGCGGUUCAUCAUCUGGCUGUUUAUUGGCAUACUGAUUUAUCUGUUCUACGGGCUCCGUCACAGCGAGGAACGGUUGACCCGUCGUCGAACUUUGGACGAGGCAUAUAUGAAACCGAUAUGUUACGAUAUCCAAGCCUGCUAGUUGAACUGGUAGAGAGUGUGCGGGAGAGGGAGAGAUAUUUUUUUUUGGGGGGUAACUUUUUUUUAUGUAGGGGGGAGAACGGAGACAAAUAAUUUCGUAAAUAUAGUGGGAUUUUGAACAUAUUUGGAAUGCCAGGGUUCAGUGAUGUGUUUAUGGAGGGAGGGCAGGGGCGGAUCUAAAAAAUAAUUAAGGAGGGGUGUAUUGAUAUCAUAUGCAUAAUACAAAUAAUCUUUAACGACGAAUAGCAGGAGGGGCGUAAAUUUCCAUUAUCACAUACUUUCAUUACUGUCUUCGUAUAUACUUACUAACAUAUUAGUUAAUGAUAACUGAAUGAUACUAAAACAAUAAGUUACACUUACAUAAUGAUUUGUUAUAACUAAAAAUUAUAAAAAUAUCAUUCAAUUGAAAACAGUCAAAUAUAUAUUUAAGCAGGUAUAAUAAAAAUAUAUUAUGUAUACUUACAUUACAGUAACACAGUAAUCAAUCGCAAAUCUAUUUAUGAUUUUUCAACAAAUAUCUUAUAUCCCUGUGUACAUUUAGUAAUACUAAGCCAGUCAAUCUACUUUGCCCGAGUAUACGUGAUAUCAUUCAUGUUUUUAAUCUAAUAAACUAAACGUUAAGCAAAAAAUAAAUGUACCUAUAGCAUGUACCUAUUUAAAACAUUAAGUUAUACUAUUAUAAAUUAGUUAUAUAAUAUUUAGCCUUAAUAUGUAAAAGGAAAUAAGCGAUACUUUGGCCAAAUUGACUUUUUUAUAUCAAAAAUUCAGAAAAAUCAGCUUUAUUAAUGAUAAAAAGGUGUGAGCGACUCCCUAGUUCAUUAGGAAUGGUUGAUUUUUGCAUUAUUAAUGAUGGAAAUGGUGUAAGCGACAUUGAUAAUAUUGAAUACCUAUAAUAGGGUGGUUACCAAUUUUACCAAUGCACACAAUUACUAAUGGUUUUUUUACUGUGAUAAAUAUGCCAUUCGGAUAUAGUGAAGUAUAUUACUAAUAUUAUUUAAAAUGAUAAGAUAAUAUGAUAAAAAUUAAUUGAAUACACAGAUAUAUCAUAUAUAUAUAUAUUUUCGAGUAUGUAUACUGUAUAUAUCUGUAUUAGGAUAUUUUAUUUAUUCAAAAUUAAUUUCCUAACGUCAUAAACGUCAAAUUAGUUCCAGGCCUCCAAAUAUUAGAAUUUGCCCGAUGUAUACUACUAAGCUACCGGUGGAGGUGAGAAAAAAAUUCCAAGGGGGGGGGGGAGGCGAUUGCUACGUUGUCCUUUAAAUCCGCCCCUAUGGGAGGGGGGGUGUAUGGCGGUCACGGCGGGAUGAAAGAGACGGCGAACAAUUUCUUCAUAUUUUUAGUGCAUCGUAUAACGUAUCUAUUUUUUGAAUGUUUAUUAUUUGUAUACAAACGUAACGAACUCCUCUUACUACACAGUACACUAUAUCACUAUAAUAUGUAACCCGAAAACGUUUUACAGUGGGCGGGCUAUUAUCCACCGCCGAAUCUCCCAUAUAAUUUAUACCAAACUAAAUGGCUAAAUUUAAUAAUGAUAUUUAUCAGAUAUUUGUAAUUUUUUUUUUAAAUUUUUUAUAAUGUUUUUUUUUUUUUAUUCUUCAGUAGUAAUACUAACGGUUAUAACGCAAACGACGUUUCAUAAUAUUAUUUUUAAGCCGUGCAUACGGGUCUCAAUACAUUUCAACCUGUCGCUCGCCGAAACACUUCUGUGCCAUAUUUGCAUCCUGCCAUGAAGAUUGUUUUAUUUGUGUAUUUUCAAAAUGAUGUAUUUAUUUUCAAUUCAUUCUUUUAUUAUUAUUAUUAUUAUUAUUAUUGUUUUGUUUUAUUAUACUUAAUAAACUAGUUUAAUAGCCUUAAA